CCGCCGUGAUGACGUCAUGUGAGGUCGAAGGGAAAGGGAAGGAGUGAAGGCUUUGGGCCUAGGUUUACUAUGUAUCCGGAAUAAUAAGCCAUAACGGGAACGGCCAGAGAGCACUGUCCGACCGCAGGUAACCGGCGAGCCGCCAUCACCUAGCCCUGCUUCCUCACUGGCCGGCCAUUAUUGUCCUUGGCUGGGCUGUCAGUGCCGGCUGUGUACCGGCAAUGGGGGGAGCUGUGGGACUGAUACCGGCUCCCCUGCCUGGGGUCACUGCCACCCGCCCUCUAUAGCAAAACAUGGGGCUUGUUACAUAACUGCUGGGGGGGAGUCAUGGUGACAUUAAAUGCAGGAGAUAUUCUGCAGGAUGGGGGGGCUGUCAUGGUUACAUUAAAUGCAGGAGAUAUUCUGCAGGAUGGAGGGGGUGGCUGUCAUGGUUACAUUAAAUGCAGGAGAUAUUCUGCAGGAUGGAGGGACUGUCAUGGUACAUUAAAUGCAGGAGAUAUUCUGCAGGAUGGGGCUGUCAUGGUUACAUUAAAUGCAGGAGAUAUUCUGCAGGAUGGGUGGUGGCUGUCAUGGUUACAUUAAAUGCAGGAGAUAUUCUGCAGGAUGGGGGCUGUCAUGGUAAAAUGCAGGAGAUAUUCUGCAGGAUGGAGGUGGUGGCUGUCAUGGUUACAUUAAAUGCAGGAGAUAUUCUGCAGGAUGGAGGUGGCUGUCAUGGUUACAUUAAAUGCAGGAGAUAUUCUGCAGGAUGGAGGUGGCUGUCAUGGUUACAUUAAAUGCAGGAGAUAUUCUGCAGGGUGGAGGUGGCUGUCAUGGUUACAUUAAAUGGAGGAGAUAUUCUGCAGGAUGGAGGUGGUGGCUGUCAUGGUUACAUUAAAUGCAGGAGAUAUUCUGCAGGAUGGAGGGGGUGGCUGUCAUGGUCACAUUAAAUGCAGGAGAUAUUCUGCAGGAUUGAGGGGGUGGCUGUCAUGGUCACAUUAAAUGCAGGAGAUAUUCUGCAGGAUUGAGGGGGUGGCUGUCAUGGUCACAUUAAAUGCAGGAGAUAUUCUGCAGGAUGGAGGGGGUGGCUGUCAUGGUUACAUUAAAUGCAGGAGAUAUUCUGCAGGAUGGAGGCGUUGGCUGUCAUGGUCACAUUAAAUGCAGGAGAUAUUCUGCAGGAUGGAGGUGGUGGCUGUCAUGGUUACAUUAAAUGCAGGAGAUAUUCUGCAGGAUGGAGGUGGUGGCUGUCAUGGUUACAUUAAAUGCAGGAGAUAUUCUGCAGGAUGGAGGUGGCUGUCAUGGUUACAUUAAAUGCAGGAGAUAUUCUGCAGGAUGGAGGUGGCUGUCAUGGUUACAUUAAAUGCAGGAGAUAUUCUGCAGGAUAGGGGGGUGACUGUCAUGGUUACAUUAAAUGCAGGAGAUAUUCUGCAGGAUGGAGGGGGUGGCUGUCAUGGACACGUUAAAAUGCAGGAGAUAUUCUGCAGAAUGGAGGGAGGGCUGGCUGUCAUGGUUACAUUAAAUGCAGGAGAUAUUCUGCAGGAUGGGGGGUGGCUGUCAUGGUCACAUUAAAUGCAGGAGAUAUACUGCAGGAUGGGGGGGCUGUCAUGGUUACAUUAAAUGCAGGAGAUAUUCUGCAAGAUGGAGGUGGCUGUCAUGGUUACAUUAAAUGCAGGAGAUAUUCUGCAGGAUGGAGGUGGCUGUCAUGGUCACAUUAAAUGCAGGAGAUAUUCUGCAGGAUGGAGGUGGUGGCUGUCAUGGUCACAUUAAAUGCAGGAGAUAUUCUGCAGGAUGGAGGUGGUGGCUGUCAUGGUCACAUUAAAUGCAGGAGAUAUUCUGCAGGAUGGAGGUGGUGGCUGUCAUGGUUACAUUAAAUGCAGGAGAUAUUCUGCAGGAUGGAGGUGGCUGUCAUGGUUACAUUAAAUGCAGGAGAUAUUCUGCAGGAUGGAGGUGGCUGGUCAUGGUUACUGUCAUGGUUACAUUAAAUGCAGGAGAUAUUCUGCAGGGUGGAGGUGGCUGUCAUGGUUACAUUAAAUGGAGGAGAUAUUCUGCAGGAUGGAGGUGGUGGCUGUCAUGGUUACAUUAAAUGCAGGAGAUAUUCUGCAGGAUGGAGGGGGUGGCUGUCAUGGUCACAUUAAAUGCAGGAGAUAUUCUGCAGGAUGGAGGGGGUGGCUGUCAUGGUCACAUUAAAUGCAGGAGAUAUUCUGCAGGGUGGAGGUGACUGUCAUGGUUACAUUAAAUGCAGGAGAUAUUCUGCAGGAUGGAGGUGGCUGUCAUGGUCACAUUAAAUGCAGGAGAUAUUCUGCAGGAUGGGGGGAGGUGGUUGUCAUGGUUACAUUACAUGCAGGAGAUAUUCUGCAGGAUGGGGGGGGUGGCUGUCAUGGUUACAUUAAAUGCAGGAGAUAUACUGCAGGAUGGGGGUGGCUGUCAUGGUCACAUUAAAUGCAGGAGAUAUUCUGCAGGAUGGAGGCGUUGGCUGUCAUGGUCACAUUAAAUGCAGGAGAUAUUCUGCAGGAUGGAGAGGGUGGCUGUCAUGGUCACAUUAAAUGCAGGAGAUAUUCUGCAGGAUGGUGAGGUGGCUGUCAUGAUCACAUUAAAUGCAGGAGAUGUUUCCAGGAUGGGGUAUCUGUCAUUAUAAUAUUAAAUGCAGGAGUCACUGGUCACUGCAGUAUGGGUGGGUGGCUGUCAUGGUCACAUUAAAUGCAGACAAUGUUUGCAGAAUUGAGGUGGCUGUCAUGAUCACAUUAAAUGCAGGAGUUACUAUGCAGGAUGGGGGUGGCUGACAUAGUUCCAUUCAGUGCAGGAGAUGUCUGCAGGAUUGGGGUGGCGGUCAUGGUUACAUUAAAUGCAGGAGAUGUCUGCAACAUGGGGUGGCUGUCUUGCUCAGAUUAAAUGCAGGAGAUGUCUCAAUGAUGGGGGUGGCUGUCAUGCUCACAUUAAAUACAGGAGAUAUACUGCAGGAUGGGGGGGCUGUCAUGGUUACAUUAAAUGCAGGAGAUAUUCUGCAGGAUGGAGGUGGCUGUCAUGGUUACAUUAAAUGCAGGAGAUAUUCUGCAGGAUGGAGGUGACUGUCAUGGUCACAUUAAAUGCAGGAGAUAUUCUGCAGGAUGGAGGUGGUGGCUGUCAUGGUUACAUUAAAUGCAGGAGAUAUUCUGCAGGAUGGAGGUGGUGGCUGUCAUGGUUACAUUAAAUGCAGGAGAUAUUCUGCAGGAUGGAGGUGGCUGUCAUGGUUACAUUAAAUGCAGGAGAUAUUCUGCAGGAUGGAGGUGGCUGUCAUGGUUACAUUAAAUGCAGGAGAUAUUCUGCAGGAUAGGGGGGUGACUGUCAUGGUUACAUUAAAUGCAGGAGAUAUUCUGCAGGAUGGAGGGGUGGCUGUCAUGGUCACAUUAAAUGCAGGAGAUAUACUGCAGGAUGGGGGGGCUGUCAUGGUUACAUUAAAUGCAGGAGAUAUUCUGCAAGAUGGAGGUGGCUGUCAUGGUUACAUUAAAUGCAGGAGAUAUUCUGCAGGAUGGAGGUGGCUGUCAUGGUCACAUUAAAUGCAGGAGAUAUUCUGCAGGAUGGAGGUGGUGGCUGUCAUGGUCACAUUAAAUGCAGGAGAUAUUCUGCAGGAUGGAGGUGGUGGCUGUCAUGGUCACAUUAAAUGCAGGAGAUAUUCUGCAGGAUGGAGGUGGUGGCUGUCAUGGUCACAUUAAAUGCAGGAGAUAUACUGCAGGAUUGAGGUGGCUGUCAUGGUUACAUUAAAUGCAGGAGAUAUUCUGCAGGAUGGAGGUGGCUGUCAUGGUUACAUUAAAUGCAGGAGAUAUUCUGCAGGGUGGAGGUGGCUGUCAUGGUUACAUUAAAUGCAGGAUGGAGGGGGCUGUCAUGGUUACAUUAAAUGCAGGAGAUAUUCUGCAGGAUGGAGGGGGUGGCUGUCAUGGUUACAUUAAAUGCAGGAGAUAUUCUGCAGGAUGGAGGGGGUGGCUGUCAUGGUUACAUUAAAUGCAGGAGAUAUUCUGCAGGAUGGAGGGGGUGGCUGUCAUGGUUACAUUAAAUGCAGGAGAUAUUCUGCAGGGUGGAGGUGACUGUCAUGGUUACAUUAAAUGCAGGAGAUAUUCUGCAGGAUGGAGGGGGUGGCUGUCAUGGUCACAUUAAAUGCAGGAGAUAUUCUGCAGGAUGGAGGGGGUGGCUGUCAUGGUUACAUUAAAUGCAGGAGAUAUUCUGCAGGAUGGUGGUGGCUGUCAUGGUUACAUUAAAUGCAGGAGAUAUUCUGCAGGAUGGAGGGGGUGGCUGUCAUGGUCACAUUAAAUGCAGGAGAUAUUCUGCAGGAUGGAGGGGGUGGCUGUCAUGGUUACAUUAAAUGCAGGAGAUAUUCUGCAGGAUGGUGGUGGCUGUCAUGGUUACAUUAAAUGCAGGAGAUAUUCUGCAGGAUGGAGGUGGCUGUCAUGGUUACAUUAAAUGCAGGAGAUAUUCUGCAGGAUGGAGGUGGCUGUCAUGGUCACAUUAAAAGCAGGAGAUAUUCUGCAGGAUGGGGGGGAGGUGGUUGUCAUGGUUACAUUACAUGCAGGAGAUAUUCUGCAGGAUGGGGGGGUGGCUGUCAUGGUUACAUUAAAUGCAGGAGGUAUUCUGCAGGAUGGAGGGGAUGGCUGUCAUGGUCACAUUAAAUGCAGGAGAUAUUCUGCAGGAUGGAGGUGGCUGUCAUGGUUACAUUAAAUGCAGGAAAUAUUCUGCAGGAUGGGGGGCUGUCAUGGUUACAUUAAAAGUAGGAGAUAUUCUGCAGGAUGGAGGGGGUGGCUGUCAUGGUUACAUUAAAUGCAGGAGAUAUUCUGCAGGAUGGGGGGCUGUCAUGGUUACAUUAAAUGCAGGAAAUAUUCUGCAGGAUGGUGGUGGCUGUCAUGGUCACAUUAAAUGCAGGAGAUAUUCUGCAGGAUGGUGGUGGCUGUCAUGGUCACAUUAAAUGCAGGAGAUAUUCUGCAGGAUGGUGGUGGCUGUCAUGGUCACAUUAAAUGCAGGAGAUAUUCUGCAGGAUGGAGGUGGCUGUCAUGGUUACAUUAAAUGCAGGAGAUAUUCUGCAGGAUGGAGGGGGUGGCUGUCAUGGUCACAUUAAAUGCAGGAUGGAGAGGGUGGCUGUCAUGGUCACAUUAAAUGCAGGAGAUAUUCUGCAGGAUGGUGAGGUGGCUGUCAUGAUCACAUUAAAUGCAGGAGUCACUGGUCACUGCAGUAUGGGUGGGUGGCUGUCAUGGUCACAUUAAAUGCAGACAAUGUUUGCAGAAUUGAGGUGGCUGUCAUGAUCACAUUAAAUGCAGGAGUUACUAUGCAGGAUGGGGGUGGCUGACAUAGUUCCAUUCAGUGCAGGAGAUGUCUGCAGGAUUGGGGUGGCGGUCAUGGUUACAUUAAAUGCAGGAGAUGUCUGCAACAUGGGGUGGCUGUCUUGCUCAGAUUAAAUGCAGGAGAUGUCUCAAUGAUGGGGGUGGCUGUCAUGCUCACAUUAAAUGCAAGAGAUAUUCUGCAGGAUGGCGUGGCUGUCAUUUUAAUACCAAGUGACCUUGGGUGGUGGUACAGAACAUCAUGGGAAAUAUAGUCCAAAAAAGCUGCAGUGUCAACGGGUAAAUAGCAUUGCCCCAUGUUUGAGCGGGUGGCAGUUCUUGACCUCUGGUUCUGUAUAUGUACUGUAUUUUGCAAAUGCUGUUUCUCAAUAUAUUGACAAGUUACAGGAGGCUGCUCUUUGCAAAAACUCAGGGUUGAAAAGAGUGUGAUUGUAAUUUUGCAUUGUGUAUGGCUCAACACACAAAAACAAUUUCCUUUCAAAAGGUCUAGACUCUACAUCUCCUGUAAUACUUUAACAGCCAUCAUGCUGGCAAAGCAUCUUGGGCAAUGUAGUCCACAACAUCUGGAGUGCCAAAGGUUGCCUACCUCUGUCCUAGAAUUACAUAUUUCAGUGAUGUGAGGGAUAGGUAAAAGUAGAUAUGUUGUAGAAGAAUAGAACACCACUUCUUCUUUUGUCUAUUACAAGCUUCCUAUGAAAACCUAUUUUUCCUUAAAAGUAUUUUUGGGGUUUUGUUAAACUAAGAAUAACAUUAUAUUAAUGUUUGAAAGCCUCUGAGGCCGAGCCAUAUAUACUCAUUCUGAUCAUAUAGACGUCAUGGAGUUUUUAUCUUGUGGUUUUAUUUAUUUGUUUAUUUAUUGCUAUAAUUUUGCUUAUAAGUAGUAUAACACAUAAGCAGUUUAAGCUUUGAUAAAUUAUUUAUCCCAAAUAUUAGUGUAGCCAAGGUUAUCCUAUGACAACCUAUGUCACACAAUCUCCAACUUGACUACAGUCACAUUUUAUAUAUAUUUUUCUAAAUUUUACAGUUUAGUUUUAUUGUUAAUAACCCCCCUAAUUGCAUUACAAGCAAGAUUUUACUAUUUUCACCUUGUACUGCUGUUCUCAUCUAUAAUUAUCCUUCCAUCAAUGUGUUUUUCAUACUGCUAUUAUAUUAUAGCAUUUGUUUGUACACUAAUGCUUUUAAAAUAUUCACUAAAUGUGUCACUAACCACCUGUGGUUUUUAUACUGAACUGUAGUCACCAGGAUUUUUUUUUUUUUUUUUUAUAUUAUUAUUAUUAUUAUUAUAAAUACUAUUAAAGGGUCACUACACUGCCCAAUUACAGAAAAUACUAUUUAGUAAAUAUAUCGGCAUUAAAAAACAUGAAUGCAUUUUAAAUAUGCAUUUUGUAUUAGAGGUUUAUCUUAAAACGGCUUGCAAACGCUGCAGAUUUCUUGUCUGCAGCCUAUGCAAGUCCUCACCUUCUUACUCAGCCCAGACUUUGUGUUUGCCCAAUCACAGACUUCCCAAUUCAGCUCAAUGAGAAGUCUUUGCAAGGCAGGUGCUCUGGGCAAUUGAUGGGGUGGCUAAUGAGCCUGAGUGGCGAGCAUAUUUGGCCCUCCCCAUAGGAAAGCAUUAAAUCAAUGCCUUCAUCUGGGGAUUGUUACUGAUGCUGAAUGUUUUCAAGCAGAGUGUAAGGACGUCCAGCGUCAGGCGAUCUAAAGUCCAGUAAAUCUGGUAGACAGCCACUAGAGGCUGUGUUAGUCCUGCAAUGCAAACAUUGUAGUUCCUAUAAAACUGCAGUGUUUUACAUCGUAGGACUAAGGGGCACAGGGACACUGCACACAGAUCACUUCAAUUAGAUUAAGUGGUCUUGGGUGUCUAUAGUGUUACUUGUUUAAUUUGCUACUUGCCUUUCUAGUGCUCACCUCACUCUCUAAGUGUCCCACCUACAUUUGUUGAUGUUGUAGGCUUCUCCAUGUAUCAAAAGCAAUCCACUCUACAAAUUCAUUCAAAAUAUUGUGUUUGUGUAUUUAUAUACUAUAUUUAAAAUUUUAUUUGCCUUUUUCGGGUUUUAAUAUAACAAAUGUAUUGUGUUUUGUUGCAGUUACUCAUAUGAAACAUUCAAACACCUUGCAAGAUAUAUUGGUACAGCUUUAAGAAAUGGAGCUCCCAAAUUACAGCCGACAGCUCUUACUGCAGUUGCAUACUUUGUGUAAAGAACAGCAGUUUUGUGAUUGCACCAUUUUUAUUGGUGCAUUACAUUUUCGGGCUCACAAGCUUGUCCUGGCUGCUGCAAGUUUACUUUUUAAAUCUUUACUGGAAAGUACUGACACUAUUUCUAUUGAUGCUUCUGUUGUCACUUCGGAAGAAUUUUCCCUUCUUUUGGAGAUUCUGUACUCAGGAAAACUUCCCCCUGGGAAACAUAACCUUACAAAAAUAAUAUCUGUUGCCGAUAGCCUGCAAAUGUUUGAUGUGGCCGUAAGCUGCAAAAACCUUUUAAGCGAAAUCAUGAGCCACUCCACCCAGAGUCAGAAAAUUAAGGAUGUUUCAAUUCAACCUAAACCUGUAACUAAGACUGAAGUCCUCCCAAAACAGGAUUGCGAGGUUCAGCAAAAUGAAACGACAGAUAAAACUGCUGCCAUUGAAAAAAUAACCCCCACCAUAUCUUCUGGGUCUGUUAUGAUUUCUGCUACAGAAGAAACAGAAGCUAGCAAUUGCACAAAAACAAAUCUCCUUGCUAAGGAGCCCGAAACACUUAUGGAUUUGAGCUCUCCAGAGAAAACAGUUCCUGAGCUUUCUACAGCACUUGUUCAAGCAAGGGAUAGCAUUCAGAAUGUUGUCUCAAACGUUUCUGAAAAUGAGCUUGUAUCUUCCAGUAUAGUAAAAGUGGACAGUCCUGUGAAUGUAGAGGCAAUGUCCACAUCAGAAAGCUCUGAUAUUUUAUCAAGUUCUGUAGAAGCUUUAACAUUACCAUGUGCACCACCUACUUUAAAAGACAACAGUCCUCAUUCCAUGGAGGAACAACCUUGUAUAGAACCUUGUAUAGAAAAAGAGAUUGAUUCUUUUGCAAAAUUAGACGAUUGUAUAACCGCAUCCACCCCAAGUUCUUCUAACCAAACAGAACAGCAAGAGUUAGAAGACCUGGCAGAACCUUCAGCAAAGAAAAGAAGAUACUCUGAGCAAGGUAAGUUUCAGCGUUUUCCUUUUUCUUAUUUGACAUGUCUGUGUUUGUUGUUUUGUAUGUUUUUAUUAGGUACUUGUUUUAGAAGUGUUAUUUAUAGGUGCUCAUAUCAAGCUCUGAAUCAUUAGUUCUUUAAAGUUCUCAAUUACGUGCCUCUAUUAUGAGAAUUAAAACCUUUUUUGUAUGUUCAAAACUGAUUUAGUUAUUUAUAAUUAUAAUGAAGUGCUAACAGUGUCUUCAGCACUGUACAGUGGGUUCAAAAGACUUAAAAUACAUUCAAAUCAUAUUUGACUUACCACAAACUUAAAAUAUGAAUAAAUUGUCUAUUUGAACAUCUAUACUUUCCUCAGUGUCCUGAAUUUUCUACUAGGAACAUCGUGCAGAUGUUGUUUCUAGGAUGGCUACACCCGUUCUGAUUUGUCUUGACAUCUCUGUUGCCAAACAGAGGGCUCCUUGAAGACCUAUUGAAUUAACACUUUAUUCAAAGCAAGGUUUAUGUAAUGAUGCCUGAAACUGAUGGUUUGGCUAUGCACCCCAUAAUGUCAAUAUUAAGGUUGUUGAAGGUUUGGUGAAUGUAACAGUCUUUAUGAUAACUAUGUUCCACUGUGCAUGUCUCCAUGAGCCAGUUUUGUUAUCAGAGAUCUAGAUUUGUCAAAAUAUAUCCAUUUUGAGACACGCUGUACAACGAGCAAGGCAUAGUGAGAAAACCAUUUUCUCAAUCCAUAAUUUUGCAAAAAUGCAUCACUCUUACUGAUAAUUCUGCGCUGUCACUGGGGAUUUUUCCAGAGGCGACCAUGGUAGAGAAACUUUUCACUCUGUCAUUAAAGAGGCUGAGAGGAAAAUCACUCUGUCCAUGAAGGGUCUCACAGGUGUUGCAUACAAAUUAUGGCAAUUUUUCAUUUCUAUUUCAUGUUUUGUAUGUUAUGGAGAAAAUAUCAAUUAUUAGUAAACUAUAAAGCUGUUAAUACAGGUAUAUUUCACUGUGAAAUAGUGAGUGUGACAACAUACAAUAUUAAUAUAGUUUACUAUUGACCUCCCCAUGUGUUCCAUGGGCUUUAAAAGCAGAUUUAACAAAUUGUAAAAAAGAACUGCAAUCCUUUUCUGUACCAGCAGAACAAAUAGCAAUCAAAAAUAUAGUUCACCAACUGAAUUUUCCAACCUUGGGUGCCUGUGGAUAAUGACAGUAUAAAAUAUAUACGGUUGAAAUAAACCGUUUGUUCAAACUUCUGACAUCAAGUGUCGUGUCUAGAAACAAUGACCCAUCGGAUAAAUUCACCAGCAGUUCACCAAAUAUUUGGAGGAUUGCUGGAUAAAAAGAGACUUGUGCUAUUGUGAUAUAAAACUUGGGAAAUUAAUUCAAUGCUUGUUCUUUAUCGUACCAGUCUCUGUCCUUGGCAGACUUCCAGAAAGACCAACCCCAAAAAGAAAAGUGCACAUUUACUACAUUUUCCACUUCAACUAAUUUCGGGGAUUUUGUUUGUAGAUGCCUGUGGUUUUACAGCGGUUUCUGAAGAAAUACGAAUUGGGGCAACACACUUCAUAUUCAAAAUUCCCCCAACUGCAAAGAAAAAAAAUCCCCAAAAGCGCUGCCGAGUUUGCUACAGGAAGGGGCAACGGAUAGACACCACAUUCCACUGUCCUGAUUGCCCAACAAAGCCUGGACUCUGCGUUGGUAGCUGUUUCAAGCUGUACCACACAGCUUUCAACUAUUAAUGACUACACAGACUUAUUGCAAUUAUUUAGUAGCUUUUUUUUUUUUUAAUGUAUGCAGAAAGCACCUUUGCCCAUGUCCCUACUUGUAUGGAUGCAUCCUUUUACUCCUACAUCCUAUUUUUCUUAAAGCCUCUGAUGGUUGUUGAUGCUUUUAGUUUAAUUAAAGUAAGCCGGUCAUGACGGGUUCACUUUAAUGACGAACUGCACCGAAUGCAAUAAAAAUAUCCGUUAUUAUAAAAUAUUUAACUAUAAUAUGUUAUAUUGGGAGCAGUCAUGCUAAUAGCUCAAUAACAGCACAGCAGACAUUACCAUGGCAGUAUGCUCUGGGUCCCCUUUACCUCCAACCCACUUGUUACAUGAUUGGCUUUUGGAAACUUGGUAGUGAGCAGUGAUGCUCACAUGCUGGCUCAAUUGCAUCCGCAUCGGAUAGAGUAAUAUCUGACACUUUGUUCCUAUACAAGUGUGAGACUAAUGUAACGAACUUUGUAUUAUUUUUCCAUUUUAAACUAUUUUACGUGUACUAACAUUUACAGUUACUUUAAAUGAUCAGUCUUUGACCAUUUUCCUUAUUCCCUGAUGUGUUUGCGUUUUCUGUUAAAUUCUUGUCAUAUAUAUAUAUAUAUAUAUAUAUAUAUAUAUAUAUAUAUAUAUAUAUAUAUAUAUAUAUAUAUAGACCAUUACUCCCAUAAUUGUUAUGGAGAUCUCAUGGUUGCCUUAAAAUUGGCCCUGAACGUUCAAGUCACUUGCUACUAGCCGUGAUGUAAGGGACCAUCCACACACCAAAAGCACUUCACUUAGCUAAAGUGCUUUAUGAGUGAGGAGUAUCAUAUUUUAACCCCAGUUUAUAAAAGUGAUGAUUUUGGGAAGUUUGCUGCCUCCUUUUGUUAUCUCUCCUGAGGUAAAGGAAGUGGCAGGUGGUCUCUACUUGAGUGUGCCUGCCUCCUCCCACACAGCCCUCAGAUCAGCUGUGAGCACCAAUUCAGAAACUUCUCAAUGAGUUUGACAUUUUCUUCCGGGGGUAAAAAGAAGGCUUGCAAAGACUGCAGUUAAUAAGAACUUUGGCAAGCUCUUAAAAGAAAAUGAAAUAAUAAUGCAUGUAUUGUUUGGGGGUAUAACACUAAACAGCGUGUUCUUCUUUUGCCCAUUUGGGCGGUGGAGUGUCAUUUUAAAAGUGCUCUCCACUGCAAAUAUAAAAGGUCCAUUGUUGAAUUUCAGUGGCUGAAAAUUUUUAGACCUGGUGAACAAUUCCAUUAUGUAUAGUAAAGAAAGAAAAGAAUGAUUUAUACAAUGAAAUCUAAUAUUCUGACUAAAACUUUCAUAACACAGGGUGAACUUAUUAAAGUAUUAACAGUACAUCCAUAUCAGUAUUGUAUUCUGCUAGAAGAAAACAUGAUGGCAGCUUUGGUUAUCACUAUGAAAUGCAAUGCAUGCAACCUUAAGUCACUAUUAACUUUCCAUAACAAAUUACACAUGACGUGUGUGUGUGUGUGUGUGUGUGUAUAUAUAUAUAUGUAUAUGUGUGUGUGUGUAUAUAUGUAUAUAUAUAAUAUAUUCCUGGAAAAAAAGAAACAAAAACACUUGGAUAUUUAUGUUCCUAAAUUGAUUGUUAUUGCAUUUAAAGGAAAAUCCUGAGCACCAUAACAUAUGUUUUAUGCAUCGGUUAUGGUACAUGGUUUUGUUUACACCUGUAAGACCCCCUCCCUGGGAAUCUUUGCAAGAGGAAGCUAUACUACUUCCUCUUUGUCCAUCAGGUACUUGUACCACAUGCGAAUGCCACAGACAUCCCAACCAUCCUGAUUUUGCGGGACAGUCCCUUUUUUUUUAGUCCUGUCCCACUCUUGGGGACACUGGGGAACUGUCCCUAACAAGCACAGCAAGUUUGCCUCAGAUGCACUUGCACCAUUUUCAGGGCACUAUGGCACUGCAGAGAGUACUGAAACAAUACUCCCUGCAUGGUCUGCGUUCAGUGGGUCAUCCUGCUUGAUAGGACGCCAUAGUUGGGAGGUAUAAUGCCAUACGAGUCCUUAUACAGUAGGUAUGCACAGGAUUCUGUUACUCCUGAUUUAUAUUUGGACUGUUAUGUAGCUUGCAUUUGUAUUUCUAUAUUUUUAUAUUUUUAUAAUAAAAGAUGAGCAAAUAAUUUUAUUCAAAUUGAAAAUAAAAGUAUGUCUGUCUUUUUUUUUUUUUUUUUGUGCUGUAAGUUAAUCUACACAGUGUGUAUGUUUGUUUAUAGACAUAUCAAUAUAUAUUGAAAUUUCAAGCUACUUGCCACUUCAAAAUGUGUGUGAACAGCAUUUUGUUUUACAUGCAAUGCAUUUUCUUAGGGUAUCUUUGCUUUUGUGAAUGCAGCACAUCUCAAAAGUGGCAGCGUGUUAUUCAGUGAUGUGGAUGAACACACGGGAUGAAUUCUGGUGGAGUGUGUGAAUGUAAAGAGUGUUCUCUUUCUCUUGUCACUUUUUUCAUUCUUUUUGCCAAGUCACUUUCUACUGCCUCAGCCUUUGCCACUUUCACCUUUUGAAAUCAUGCUGCUUUUAUAAGAUAAAAACAGGGGGGUAGGUGCAGCGCUUCAGUAAUCCUUGACAAGGUAUAUGUGAAGAGAACCAGAGAAGGAAUAAUAGUGUAGUAUUUAAAACUGUAGUGGUGAUAAGUAAAAUAAAAGAUGUGCACUCACACUUUCUUGGAGCUUCAAUACAGCUCCAGUGGAUACGCAUGGGCGGAAUAAUCCCCGCCUAUGGAUCAAGUGCAGAGGCAAUUCAAGUUGUAGGUGUGGUAGGGGGUAUCCUCAUAAAAAAAAUAAAUAAAUAAAUAAAAAUUGUAUAUGGUGAAGUAUGUAGAGCUAUGAAGCAAAGGUAGGUAAAAACUAUAAAAUGUGCACUCACGUGUAAUGGAGCCGUAAAACCUGGCAAAUGCUUCAAUUAGGAGAAAAGAGAAAAAAUGGAGCCUUUAAUGACUGGUACCUCCGUGUGGGGGAUAACCCCUAAUUAAAGUAGAAUAAAGAAAAGAGAGUUGGAGGUAUGCUGGAUGAAAUAAUGUGUAGAAUAAAACGUCACUUGUAAUCUGGUAGCUAAAAAGUAGGGAUCGACCGAUUAUCGGUUUUACCGAUAUAAUCGGCCGAUAUUCAGUAUUUUCGGCAAUAUCGGUAUCGGCCAAUUCAGAUACAGAUAUUGCCGAUAAUACCUCCUAGGACCGCCAGGCUCAUUACAAGCCCGGCGGUCCUGGGGGGGAGCGGGCAUCAAGCGCUUACUCACCUCCCAGCAGUUCCUCCAGCUCCCCAGUGCAACUCUCGCGAGACCCGCGGCCGUCCGAGCGUUGCCAUGGGUCACCAUGGCAACGCUCCGCGCGACACGCUGGCCGCGAGAGUUACACUGGGGAGCUGGAGGAGCUGCUGGGAGGUGAGUAAGCGCUUGAUGCCCGCUCCCCCCAGCUCAGCCAAUACCACUGGACCACCAGGGAUGGUCAUAUCCCCCCUCCCUGGCCAAGUAUGAAACAGGGAGGGGGGGACAACAAAAAUAAAUAUUAAAUAUAUAUAUAAAAAAAAAAUGUAAUAAAAAAUGCCCCCCCUCACACACACACUCCAUUAUAUACACAUACACUACACAAACACACUGUGUAUAUAAUGCAGUGUGUUUGUAUAGUGUGUUUGUGUAGUGUGUUUAUAUAAUGCACACUACACAAACACACUACACACUGCAUUAUAUACACACACACUACACAAACACACUGUGUAUAUAAUGCAGUGUGUAUACAAUGCAGUGUUUGUGUAGUGUGUGUGUAUACAAUGCAUUGUUUGUGUAGUGUGUGUAUAUAAUGCAGUGUGUGUAUAAUGCAGUGCGUGUAUACAAUGCAGUGUUUGUGUAGUGUGUGUAUAAUGCAGUGUGUGUAGUGUGCGUAUAUAAUGCAGUGUGUUUAGUGUGUAUAUAAUUAAUGCAGUGUGUGUUUGCAUAGUGUGUUUAUAUAAUGCACACUACACAAACACUGCAUUAUAUAUACACACACACUAUACAAACACACACUCUGCAUUAUAUAAACACACACUUUGCAUUUAGUAUAUACUGCAUUCACUUUACACACACUACACAAUCACUCUGCUUUCAUUAUAUACACACACUACACUAAUACACACUGCAUCCACUACACACUAGACAAAUACACACUGCAUCCACUGCAUCUACUACACACACUACACAAACAUACACUGCAUCCACUACACAAACACAUACAGCUCCCCUGUCUAAACACACUGUAUCCACUACACGUGGCAUGUAUAUUUUGUGCAUUUACCUUUAGAAAUAGUUUUUAUUUUCCAAAAUGGUAAAUGUACAGAAUAUCGGCAAAUUAUAUCGGCUAUCGGCCUGAAAGUUCACGGAAUAUCGGUAUCGGUAUCGGCUCUAAAAAAUCAAUAUCGGUCGAUCCCUACUAAAAAGACCCUUAAAUAUAAGGGCUAGAUAUAUAUCAAUUUACACACUGACACACAAACACUAAAUAAAGAAAAUGAAUAAAAUCAAAAUAAUGUAAAUUGUAAUCUCCAGAAACCGUCCUAUGUCAAGAUUUUGCAAUAGGAUCUACAGUUUAAUACUGACAGGUGAAACUGGAUUGUAGUUAUGUAAAGGUUCUCACAGUAACUGUCUGCCACACUGUGCACAUAUUUGCUUUAUUUAUGUAAAGGUUCUCGAUUGUAACCUAAGUGGACAAAAAUGAACCACUAAAAGCAGGGCUGUACUGUGAUAAUUAAAUAGUUGACCACGCUAUCUAAAUAUUUUAUGUGUGAAGCCCCACGUUUUUUCCAAGCAAGAAAAUACUUUUAGCAAGGAGCCACAUCCACAACUUUAUAACUCUACUAUCGAUCUGCUAAAAUGGCAACCAGUUAAACGAUUUCGGCAAAAUAGCCUAAAUCACUGAUGAUUUCGUAUCCCCAUAGACUGCUGAAUGAUUGCAAGCAUGCUCAGCGAGAGAGUUUAUGUACUGGCUAUUUUUCCUUAGUUCAGUCUAUCGUAACUAUCUCUAAGGGUAACUGUGAUACAGAUACAUCUAAUAAAUUCAAAACAAUAAUAUUGAAAUAGUUGUAACAAAAACCACUUAUAGAUACAACAGUAGCUAGCUGCUGAAAGUAUACGUUACAGGCAAUCAGUUUUGGUAUAGAGCAGGGGUAGGCAACCUACGGCACUCAAGGCUGCUAGAGCCAAACAGGGUCUGGCCUAUCAGGAGUCCCAGUAAAAUUUCAGAUAUCUGCUAAUACGAAGCGGUGGUGAAGGACAAUCCUCAAUUUAUGCAUUGCAGCACGUAGAGUAAGUGAUCUCAGAGCACUUCAUUCCAGCACUUGUGAAUGGGAAUCCACACAGUAUUAGAGCAGCUCGCAGUUGCUGUUGCAGCUCCUGUCCUUGACCUGUAUCUGGCCAACAUAGUCCCCACUGGAACCCAGGGAAGCCACCCACACUGCUAGAUAUACACAGACCUGCAGAAUAACCCUCCCCUCAUACAAAUAAUACGAACAGCCCACACACAAUCCGCACAAACUGAACACCACUGACAAUCCUCUCACAUGCAAUACCCCAAACAGCCCCCAUACAUACACACACUACCAAACACACAAUGUGACAUAUCCAUCCACACAAUUCCACAAGCAGCCCCCAUACACAGCCCACAUUCAUAUGUAUCAUACACGAUACCACAAACUACUCUCGGACAUAUAAAAUAUAAUAGCUCAUAUACGCACAAAUACAAUACAAAGCAACUGCAGUAUAAAUAACACAAGCAGAAUACGGCAGCAUACACACCUCAAUUAAAAAAAAAAAUAGGACCGGCACGCUACGGGACAUCACAAUCCUAUAUCGGUACAGUGCUGCUAAAAGGUUGCCUACCCCUGGUAUAGAGUGUGCUUAAAUACAACCUCGAAUUUUGGUAUGGAUAGUAGCAGGCUAAUUUUGUUUUACUUAAAUACUGGUGAGAAAUCUUAGAGUGCUCUCACUAGAUCUUUGAUACCCCAUCACGAUUGCCCGGUUGCUGUAUAAAAUAUGCUGGUAUAUAGCCUUAAGGUGCUUUACAUCAAUUAGCUACUUUUGUUGUACUGGAGAACCUAACUGGUUGCACAAAAAGGGAAGAUAAAUCAUAUAUGGUGGUAAUAUAAAUCUCCCUACUGUGCCUUCAAGGGCACCCCUUAUUCAAACACUUUCCCUGGUUGGUAGAUGACCGAGCAAACCGCCCCCCACUUUUGAUAUAGCAAAGGGAAAAGUAGAUUGUUGCCGGUGCUAUUUAGUUAUUGGUACCCCAUGCUGAUUUACCUGUUUCAGGGUAUGAUGUGUUAGUAUAGAGCCUCAGGGUGCUCCGUAUAAAUCACUAGUGCUAAGUAAUAGUUACUUAGUCCGUCAAGUUCAGCCUUCCUCACAUAUGUUUUUGCUGUUGAUCCAAAAUAAGGCAAAAAAAACCAGUCUGAAGCGUUUCCAAUUUUGCAACAAACUAGGAAAAAAUUCCUUCUUGACCCCAAAAUGGCAGUCAGAUGUCUCCUUGGAUCAAGCAGCUAUUACCCCACUAAUUUUGAAAUUAUAUCCCUAUAUGUUAUGCUUUUGCAAAUAUUUAUCCAAUUGCAGUUUAUGGACUCGGAUAAAACCACCUCUUUAGGCAGAGAAUUCCAUAUCCUUAUUGCUCUUACUGUAAUAAAAACCUUUUCUUUACCUUAGAUGAAAUCUCCUUUCUUCCAGACUAAAUGCCGGACCUCGUGUCCUAUGUAUAGCCCUGUUCAUGAAUAGAUUUCCAGAUAAUGGUUUGUACUGGCCCCGAAUAUAUUUGUUUAAUGUUUUCAUAUCCCCUCUGAGGCACCAUUUUCCAAACUAAAGAGAUUUCAAUUUUUUAACCUUUCUUCGUAACUAAAAUGCUCCAUUCCUUUUAUUAAUUUUGUAGAUGGUCACUUUUUCUAGUGCCAUGAUAUCUGUCUUCAGAACAGGUGCCCAAAAUUGCACAGCAUAUUCAAGGUGUUGUCUUACCAGCGAUUUAUAAAGAGGCAAAAUUAUAUUUUCACCUGGAAAAAUCUAUGCCCCUAUUUAUACAUGACAAAACCUAACUGGCCUUAGCAACUGCAGAUUGACAUUGCAUAUUGCUGCCCAAUUUAAAUUAGUUUUAUUGUCGUCACCAUGUGAAUGCAGACAUCGAACAGGUUACUGUAAAGAGCAUGAGGUUGCCUACGCAGAGGUGUAUAUAUAUCGAAACAGAUGAAUGCAACAAGAACAGUUACAUUAAUUAAGCAGGUGUGCAAUUUGCAAACUGGAAAACAUAUCAUCAGGGGUUGGUCUGGCAUGCUUCGGCAUAUCUAGGUGUGUGUAUGUAUGUGUGUAUAUAUAUAUAUGUGUGUGUGUGUGUGUGUGUGUGUGUGUGUGUGUAUGUAUAUAUUCCUUUGUUCUCGUGCUGAGGUCCUUUAAUUAGGCAAACCUAUUGAGUGUAGUUUGUUCAGGGCAUGCCGUGUGAGCAUGUCUAUAACCGGUCUGCGCUUAAAUUAAAGUAAUCUGAUCAGCGGCUGUAGGCCGUGCAGGAGUGUCGUUGGGUAGCAGUGCAUCAACCGUGCAUUAUAGCCAGCGUCUGAUGACUAUAACAAUUCCCAAACCUUCUUGUGUGUGGUUAUCCCUAAUUCACUACCAUUUAGGGUGUAAGUUGCUUGUGCAUUCUUGACCCCGAAGUGCAUAACUUUGCAUUUCUCUACAUUAAAUUUCAUCUGCCAUUUUAGUGCCCAGUCCCUCCAAUCUAUCCAAAUCCCUCUGCAGCAAAGCUAUAUCCUGCUCACAUUUUAUUACUUUACAAAGUGUUGUAUCAUCUGCAAACACUGAUACAUGGCUUUCAAUGCCUAUUUCAAGAUCAUUUAUAAAUAUGUUAAAUAGAAGCGGUCCCAAAACAGAACCCUGAGGGACACCACUUGCCACUUAUGUCUAGCUGGAAAUUUGUCAUUAAUGACAACUCGUUGUACUCUAUCCUUAAAGGACUACUAUAGGCACCCAGACCACUUCAGCUUAAUGAGGUGGUCUCGGUGCCUAGUCCAGCUAGGGUUAACCCUUUUUUUUUUUUUAUAAACAUAGCAGUUUCAGAGAAACUAUGUUUAUAAAUGGGUUAAUCCAGCCUCUAGUGGCUGUCUCAUUGACAGCCGCUAGAGACGCUUCCGCGCUUCUCACUGUGAUUUUCACAGUGAGAAGACGCCAGCGUCCAUAGGAAAGCAUUGUGAAUGCUUUCCUAUGGACGGCUGAAUGCGCGCUCGGCUCCUCCCGCGCAUGCGCAUUCAGUCGAAGAGGAGGCGGGGAGAAGGAGGAGAGCUCCCCGCCCGGCACUGGAGAAAGAGGUAAGUUUAACCCCUUCCUCUCCAUCCAAUCUGGCGGGUGGGGGACCCUGAGGGUGGGGGCACCCUCAGGGCACUAUAGUGCCAGGAAAACGAGUAUAUUUUCUUGGCACUAUAGUCCUUUUAAGCCGAUGUUCUACCCAAGAACAAAAAUAUUCAUCUAGACCAAUUUCUUUUAGUUUGAAGACUAAUCUAUUGUGAGGGACCGUAUCAUGUGCCUUGGCAAAAUCCAAGUAGAUCACAUCCACUGCAACACCAUGAUCUAUACUUCUACUUACUUCUUCGUAGAAUGCAAUUAGGUUAGUUUGACAUGACAUAUGUUUCAUAAAACCAUGCUGAUUAUUGCUAAUAACAAAGUUCUUCCCAAUGAAUUCCUGAAUAUUAUCCUUUUUAUAGCCCUUAAAAUAUUUUCCCAGUCACGGACGUAAAGCUCACAGGUCUAUAAUUUCCAGGCAGGGAUUUUGAACCCUUUUUGAAUAUAGGAACGACAUCUGCCUUCCUCCAUUCCUCCGGCACAAUACCUAAAACAAAAAAAUCUUGAAAAAUUAAAUACAGUGGUUCACUUAUUUCCCCACUUAGCUCCUUAAGUACUCAUGGGUGAAUACCGUUGGGCCCCAGUGCUUUAUUUACAUUAAUUUUAACUGCUUUAGCACCUUGUCUCCAGUCAUCCAAUCACAAGUUAUCUGCAAGUUUUUUGGUUUUUUUGCAGCAAUCAUUUGUAUAUAUCUUGCCAUAGGAUCCUCAGUAAUAUAUUCUGAAGAAAAAGUUAUUUAAAAUUUCUGCCUUUUACUGUAUGUCACAAAAAAGAAAUGUAAUCUAAUCUGCUUCUAUAUAGCUUCCUGUGUCUGCAUCUACUCCACCCCUCCUCCCCCCACCACCACCCAUGAGCUUUUUAGCUUAAAGCAAGGUUCUGUUUCAGUUGUUAAUCAAAUUUACCCAUAAUCCAUCAGAAAAAUCAAUCUCACAAAAGAACAAACAUCAUCGAAGAGAAGAACAGAAUGGCUGUACUCUUUAAGACAUAGGAGCAUAAGGAGAGAAUUGAUAGAAAAAAAUUACAGGGCUGCUUUAAUGUGGUGCAAUGUGGUUUCCUCCUCAACGUUUUAAAGGAACAGUCCAAGCACCAUAACCUAUAGCACUGCAGCUAGUUUUAGUGGUUUGACGUCUGACCAGGGGCCACUCCCUGGAUCCACUAUAUCCGUCAGAGAGCCGUAAGCUGAUCAUUAUCAGCCAAUGAGCCAAUCCCUGCACCACCCGGCUUAGCUCAGAGAGCUUCUAGCUCUCUGUUGCAAGUAGUGGAGCCAUACUUGAAUUGUUACUAGUGAAACUACAGGUAUAUCACUAACCAUGCAAUGCUAAAAUAACUAGUGACGUAAAUCACUGGGAAUCCACAUCUGUUAUACUACGCCAAGUUUAUACCCAUAAAGAAACACUCUGGGUAUCAUGAACAUGUCCUGUUAUUGAAGACAUCAUGGUGCUUGCAAUCUCCUGGCAUCUUACCUUUCAGUGUCAAAUAAUUUUGUAAGCUGUGUCCUGUCUAAUGUAUAUGCAUAUAUGAUUUAACAUAUACCUGCACUGGUGACCAGUGAUAGGUUGAGAGUAUCACUGUUAACCCCUGACAGCUCGAGUUAAUGCCUACCACCAAAGGAGAGGCAAAUGACCAAAUGCUGAUGGCAAUUCUCAUAUUUACUAAUGUCCUGUUCGGUCAGAAUGCAGACAUUCCAAGUGAAUCUGGAACAAUCGCUUGUAUGCUUUCGGUGUCAGGAUUAAAAACGCAUCCGAUUCCUAUAAAAGUAAUAUUAUCGUUCAAUUUUUUGCAAAUGUAUGAUAAUCUAAAGUACUAUUUGCUUGCACUGCAAGGGUUAAUUAUGUGUUGGCUGGCCAAUGCUUGCUAGCCGGCUGCCACAUAAAAAAAAAAAAAUUCAAAAUUAAGUAUAAGUACUCUAAGACCUCCAUAUUGCUAUAAGGGAGGUUUAAUCUCUCUCUGCCCCCAACUACCUAAAUGUUUAAAACUAGCGACCGAGCAGCCUUUGUUUCCCAGUGUUUAGAAAAUUAUUUGUGCAUUAGGUGGGUGACUUUAAAUUCAGUACAGUGGUACCUCAGUUUACAAAUUUAAUGCUUUCUCCAGGAAGUUUUGUAUUGCGAAAAAUUUGUAAACCGUAACGUGGUUUCCCUUAGGAAUGCAUUGAAAACCAAUUAAUCCGUUCCAGAAGUCAGAAAAAAAAGUAAAAAUGAGCUGGCAUGGAAACCAACCCAAAAUGCAGAACACACAGUAAAAGACAUGCAAACGACUAAGCUCAGCUCACUACCUUUUUACCGCUUGAGAAAUGCACCCAAAAAAGUUCCAAAAAGUCCCAAUACUCCUGCAAUAAAUUUCCAGAAUGGCUCCAAAACUCGAUGGCUUCCAUCCAAUCGGAACGCUCUUACUGAUAUUGCAUAGCAUGGGAAAUUUUUCCAGCAGCUUACUUAGCAUGGGAAAUCCUUUAUAAGGGUUUACUUCGGUAGAAGACCUCAGUCUGCACCAGCACUCAUGGGGCAAAUAUGUAUAAUUUUUAGUCGCAUUUUUGUUUUGUUUUUUAAUUUAUUUUGCAAAUCAAAAUGUGUGGGUGUUUUGGUUUUUUUUGUUGUUUGGAAUUCUGGAUUUGAAUUUAGCUUUUUUUGGGGAGCUGAAGAAAAGUAGUUAGAAAAAUAACUUCCGAUGGUAAGUAUAAUCAUUUAUUUUAAAGAAACACUAUGGGGUCAGGAACACCAACAUGUAUUCCUGACCCUGUAGUGUUAAAACCAGUAUUAAGGUGGCUUUCCUCCCCUUAGCGCUCUCAAAAGGUAAGAAAACUUGCCUCAUUCCACCGCUGUGUUGGUGCGCUGGCCCCACCCCGAUCCGCCUCCUUGCUGACAUCCCAUAGGGAAAGCAUUGGAUUGGCUGAAAUCGGCAAGAUGGGGGCGGGGGACAAUUAGCACCUCCUCAUUGAAUCAAUGCAUCUCUAUGAGAAGUUCAGCGUCUACAUGCAAAGUGUGGAGACGCUGAAGGGCAGUGCUAGGUUUUGGUAUAGAGAAAAAUACACAAAAGAUUAGGCUCUGAAAACCAUGUGUUGGUAAAACAUGCUUGUGUUAUUUGUGCCAUGACUUGGGGAUUUGUAGAUCACAGAGACAAGAGGACUGUAGCUUUAUUCACUUGAGAAUCACUUGAUCCUGUACAGAGAGAUGUGCUUCACGUUACUGUGCACUGAGUGCUUAGCAACUAGUGGCCCAGACAUGUUUAGUAAAAAGAGCAUUGGGCAUACUCUCGUCCAUUCAUCCGUGUUAGUGGGCUUGUGGUGUGUGUGUGUGUGUUUCUUUUGUUAUGAAAACAAUAUUUCUUUUAAAAAACAUUAUAAAAUAUAUUUUGAGUUCAGUAAAGGAAAAAAGAAAACCAAAGCUGAACAAAUGCAUAGUUAUAGAUGGCAAAGUUACUUUUUCGUGUAGGUAUAAACAGCCCUGAUACCCAAGAAGUUAAUGUUUGGUUUUUUUUUUUAUUUUUGGUUUUUAGAAAACGAAAAAGCUUCUGGUGAGUUGGAUUUUCUUAUGCGUUAUGAAAGUAUCUUCAGUGAAGCUCUGUCAGACCCAAAGAGUGUAUUAGAAAAUUUGAAAAAAUGUCGCCAUCUCAAAGAAAAUGAAAAGCAGGUGAGUUAUGUAAAGGAUUACAACAAGAUGUUUCUUGGUACUCUGGGUAAUUAUGCAGCUUGUAACCCUAUUUUUUAAAAAAAUGAUAUAUAUCUAUCAUAUAUUUAUUUCACACUAACCGCUCAAGCUUGUUUUUAUGAUGUACAAGUGCAACAUUAUUAUAUUGCGCAUAGUUACAAGGUGUAUGUCCUUCUUUUACCCAUUGUAUAGUUUUGCUUUUCGGUUUUGGUGUUUUCCACACCCAAUUGCUGGCCCUUAAAAGGUGCAUAGGCUGAUUGUCUUUAUUUUUACAUGACCUAAUACCAAAAAUCAAUUUGGUUUAAAGGAACACUCCACACACCUAAAAUAUUUGUGUGAAAAGUGUGCCUCCCCCUCACCACCCCUUUUUUCCACUAAUUUAAUUAAAUUUUUUGUUUUAAAAAUAGAAUUUGCCACUUUUGUAAAUCAACCUAGUUACACCCCCUGGCUGUCAAUCACACAACCAAUCCUGAGACUUUGUUUGUUUAGCACAGUGGAGCAAAACUCAAGAGGCAGCCAGUUGCCCAGAGCACGUCUCGACUGGUGAACAGGAUAGUUUGUAGAGACUACAUACAAGACAUCUGUAAUUCUAUGCAUAUAUGUUUUCAUUGGUGGUAUAAUUACUAAAUAGCGAUUUGUUUAAUUUUUGUGUGUGCUUGGAGAGUGGAUUGUCCUCUUAAAGGAACACUUGCACCCCAAUAACACCUUUAUCUUAUUGACGUUAUGGGGGCAGAAGCAUCCAGGCACAGUCUUACUUUUAGGAGUUAAACGGCUUUCCAGUAGUUUUAACUUUGAAGUUGGUCCCCUAGUACCCGACUUAAUUCUACAUCCAGUGAUAGCCUAAGAGGGUUAGUACAUACUAUAUCUCUCAACGGGCGGUAGUAAUCUAUUGUGCAUGUCAGCUGAUGCUCUCAGCUUAUCACUGACCACCUGACAAAACCUUCCUCAUACUGCAACCAGGAGGAAAUGGUUAAUAACUUUAGGGGUUACAGUGGUUUAAUCCCAGAAUUUAAGAUAGUACCUCACACUCCUUUAUAUUCUAGUUAUGAUUACUAUCAGUAGAGGAACACAUUCUCUGCCAGAAUCCACCAGUCACUGAUAUAAUGCCUGCAAAUUUGCGGAAAAUGAAAGCUCACCCCUUGCUUUGAAAACAUACAGAAAGUUGCAAUCGGCCAUAUUAUUCCUACAGUCAGGGAGAGAGUAGGAGCAAUUGGACCCUACCAUUCCACAAUUAGUAUUGCAUAAGCAUUCCAGAGAUUGAUAAAGAUUUCUACAAAAAUUUUAAAUAACUUUUAUUUUAGAUAUAUGAUUUAGUUGUAUUUACUGUAUAUGAGCAUUAUGUUCUAUGCAGGCAUUUUAUACAGUUAAUUCGAAUUUUAGUGAGCUGUGCUGCUAGUAAUGGCCUUAGGGUCCAUAGAAAUUAUUAUAUGUAAUGUAUUUGACCAUUUGUAUUUACUGUAUGUAAGAAACUAUUUUUGCUUUAAUACUAACAUUUCAGACCCCGUGUGAAAAAUUACAAGAUAAAGAAUACUGUAUACUGUCUAAAGCUUUUUAUUUCCCAAAUAUAUUUUAUAAAGGCUAAAUGUACAUAAUUUGAAUUUAACAUUUUUGUCUGCAAAUAAAGAUAUGCACACAAGUUCUAUGAUAUUUUAUAAGCUAGCUAUGCAUCCCUUGCUUCAAGUGUUAUGUUUUUUAUUUUUUUUAUUUCCCCUAUCAAAACCUUUAUUAAUAUUCAUAUGCCUAGUAAAGACGGUAGACAUAGGUAGAGAUCAAGAAAUGGAGUACCCCAUUAAUACUGUGUGUGUGUGGAUUUUUGGGGGGAGUUUUUUGUAUUGGUGUAGGGAAACUCUCUUUUAAAGGCUUAUUUCAAGCCCAAUGGCCACUUCACUGAUUUGAAGUGGUCAUGGUGUCUGUGGUCUGUAUUUGCAGCAUUUUGCUUUGAAAUUCUGCUCAUAUAGAGUUUAAGCCCUCUGUUGGUGGAAUUAUAAUUCCACCUCUGGUUGCAUUAAUCCAAAAUGGCUAAUGUGAAUUCUGUGCAUAUUUGUCAUCUGACACCCUCACUUACAGCAUGUUUGCAAGAGACUGCCCUCUAUGCCACACAUGUUCUACAUUCAACUUAUCCUUCUUGACAUCGGUUCCUCUCCAGCUAGGGAGUGAUGUCAGCAGCGGAGGAUUGGGGCUGGAAUACAGGUGUUUUAGAUAGAGAGAUAUAUAUAUAUAUAUAUAUAUAUAUAUAUAUAUCUAUAUAUAUAUAUAUAUAUAUAUAUAUAUAUAUAUAUCUAUAUAUAUAUAUAUAUAUAUAUAUAUAUAUAUAUAUAUAUAUAUAUAUAUAUAUAUAUAUAUAUAUAUAUAUAUAUAUAGAUAUAUAUAUAUAUAGAUAUAUAUAUAUAGAUAUAUAUAUAGAUAUAUAUAUAUAUAUAUAUAUCUCUAUAUAGAUAUAUAUAUAUAUAUAUAAUUUUUUUAUUUUUUAUUUUUUUUUAUUGGAGUGGAGGACUACUAUAGAAAGGAUUACUCUUACCAAAACCGGUGUUUUCUCAAAAUGUUGUUUUUUUUUUUAGCUGGCGUAACCCUUGAAAAUAGCCUAUUAACAAGCAUUUUUAUAUCAGCAAGUAUUACUUUUUCUUGUGCUACAGGUAGUCAUGGAGUGUUGCCAAGCUGAAGAAGGGAGUUCUACUUUUGCAAAACUUCUCGAAAAAGUUAAGGAUGGCCAGAGCAUCGUGGUGGAGACAGUGCUUGCAUUGCUGAAGUUGUGCCGUCAUACAAAUCCAAGUGUUAAUGAGUUAUUAAGAGAGAAAGACCUGACUGGGAAUGACUCAGAGGUGGAACAUUCAGGUAAAAUUUGUUAAUGUAGACUACAAAAUAGGAAAAAGUGCAGCUUUCCUCCAAAUACUAGUAAAAUCAUGUUCUGUUUUAUUAUGCCUUUUAUAGAUUCUGCCGUUACAGAAAAGACCUUGUUUGAUCUGUUAGUGGAACAUAGAGAGGAGCUUGUUCAGUGUAUUACGGAGCUUAGUCCUAUUAUUGAGUGCCUGGAUACAGCUGAGGAAGGAUUCCUUACCAAUAUUGAAAAACAGGUUUGUCACUUGUGGUUUUUGUUUCUUUAGUUUUUUUUCAUAAUUGACUUUGUUUCCACUCAGAAUGGAACACUUCAACGUUAGAACUAUAUACGUAGGUGGGCUUCUUUUUACAUUUAUUCAAGCCACCUCCUGGUCAAGUCUUCUGAAAUAUUUUUCCUCCCUUUUAAUCCAGCGCCCUUUUUGAAGUUCUGCUCCAGCCAGUGCUUAAGAAGCAUUGGGGAGCAGGGAGCAUACACAGCAAAUUGGAUUGAUGAUGCUUCUUAUAGCAGAUGCUCAAAGAAGAUUCAGGGCAAGGUCAAGAGUCAUGGAGAAUGGUGGAAAAUGGUACAAGUAAUGUCCCUCCACACAUAUAGAAACAUCAGCCAGAGCAACAGAGAGGAACUGGGCUGUGGGCUCUAGGAGACCUUCAUUCAGUGUUAAACCAUUCAAAAAAUUUAAAGGGACUCACGUUGCUCUCUUAUUACUCCUUGGACAUGAAUGCUUACCACGUAAACUACAAAAAUAAAAACUAGUGAGAGUUAAAAAUAAACCGCGUAACCUAGACACCUAUGCAUAAAUCUCAGAAGAAAGCUGCUCCCAGUGUUUUAAAGAGAGCUUUAGAUAUCUAGAAUGUAAAGUGAUGUGUGUGACGAUGUUAAACUCUUAUUGAAACAUAAAAUACAACUUUUUGUUAGGAAAUCCUCCUUAGCAUGCCUUCAUAUAAAUCCGUGGCAGGCAUUUGAGGUCAGCUGGUGGGAUAACGUUUACACACUGUUGUUCUUAUGUCAAGUUUAGCAUUUUAUUAUCACAUUAUUCUUAAAACUGGAUAGGGUAACAUGGGGUCUGGUAACUUAUGUUAGGUUAGAUACUUUUUAAAGUAUUCCUUAAUGUCUGACAGAAUGUACGAUUUGUUUUUGUUUGUUUGACUGGGGGGGUUGUAUUUAUUUUUUUCCCCUAUAAUAUUGCUAAUUUCUUGUCAGGUGAUUAUUGAUUGUUGUGAGGGUGGAUCCCACAAAGAGACCAUGGACAGACUUUUGAGGAAAGUUUUAGAAACCAAAACAUUGAGCCCGGAUAGCUUGGUGAAGCUUUUACAAGCUGUGAGGGAGGCCUUUCCAGAUCUACACUCUCUACUGGAACUACUAGAACCGAAUAGCAAACAAUCAACCUCUAAAGGUACUGAAAAAUGUCUCUUCACAUUGUCCUUGUUUGCUGGGAAGAUUAUUGUUUCCAUUACAGGAUGUUUGUUAGUAAUAGUGUGUUUAGAUAUUUCAGGCUUGACUUAAAUCUAGAUGGGACAGUGCUUUAAAAGAACACUCCAAAUACAUAACGCACUUCAGAUUGCUAUUAUGGUGGAGGCAGGCAGUGGCACCCAGCAGACACCAAAUAAGAAGUCAAACCAUUGUUCAACAGUUUGUUCCCUUUUACAGUGGGGGGAUGCCAAGGCACUUCUUGCACCAUAGGCACUACUGUAAAUAGAAGUGGUUGUGGUGCUUAUAGUGGUCCUUUCAUGACCAAAACAUCUCGUGCCCCUUUUAAUAGAUUAUGAUCCCUCGGUCACUGGACACAGGGAUUACUACAGUUUUGUGGACCUUUUUACUCAGAUUCUCUGCUCAACCAGAAUUUAUAAAAAUCCUCAUCUCCUGUAACAUAUUCCUACACAACUUUCUUUUAACCCCUUAACGCCGUUACGGCGUUCUAUGCCGUCCCCAUUUAAAUGGGCUUUAAAGCCGUUGCGGCGGCAUAGAAUGCCGUAACGGCUUGCAGCUCCAGGAGGUCAGAUUUACUUACCUCCGCCGCAAUCCUCUCCGGUAGGAAUGCCUGACAGCCCAGGCAGCCCUCCCACAGCAAAUCAGGCCUCCGGGGGCCAUGUGAUCACUCUCAAAGAGUGAUCACAUGGCCCCUAAAGCUGGCUGUGGAUCUGCCAGCAAGGGGACUGUCUGAAAUGUCAGACAGUCCCCCUGCGGUGGGAAGUAUUAAAAAAAAUUAUUAAACAUGUUUAAAUUAAUUAAAUGUAUUAAUUAAUUAAAUGUAAUAGAUAUACAUCUUAUAUAUAUGUAAUGUCAUACAUAGUGUAUUUUAAUGUUAAUAUAAGUACAUAUUAGUAUUAAAAUACACUUAGAAUGAAGUUACAUAUAUAUGAGAUAUAUAUAUAUAUAUAUAUAUAUAUAUAUAUAUAUAUAUAUAUAUAUAUAUGAGAUAUAUAUAUAUGAGAUAUAUAUAUAUAUAUUACAUAUAUAUUUUAUAUUUAUAUAUAUAUGUAUAAUUACAAGAAUAAAUACAAUAAUAAAAUAAAUAAAAUAUAUUUUAAAAAAAAGAUAUAUACAUAAGUAAUUUCAUUCUAACUGUAUUUUGUUAUUAAUAUAUAUAGGUAACAAAAUACACUUAGUAUGACAUUCUGUCUAUAUCUAUCUAUCUAUAUAUAAAAUACAAAUAACCAACAAGGAGUUCCUUUUACCUUGUGAACAAUAGAACAAAACAAGCUAGUAAAUUAGGUGGACAGCGCUAAGAAUUAUUAUAAUAAAAUCAUACAUACACAGGUGGUAGCAGAUUUCGCAAUUAUGUGUCUUACUCAAAAAACAAAAAAAGGAAAUAAAAGUACAAUGAUAGUGCAGUAUGUUAUGAAUAAUAUGGUGAUAAAGAUAUAUUCCAAAGGGGCACUCACGUUUUCCAGAGCUUAAAAAGCUCUAUUUUAGGAGCCUGGACGAAACAAUCCCUGUCUAAGGAUUUAUUUUUGCUGGUAUCAGAUUCCCAAGGUAGUGCGGUUCAUCAUAUGAAAAAAAUAAGGAUGUAUACCAAUGAUACAGUACUAAUGUAAAAGUAGGAUAAGUAAAUAAUAUUUGACCUACUUACAUUUGCUAGAGCAAUGACCUGCUCUAGUGUAUGGAGCUUUAGGUGGAACAAUCCCCACCUAGGGAUAUAUGUAGAUCUGGAACAGCAGAGUGAUGGUGAGAGUAUAAGAAGCUCAAGAGUGACUGGGUAUUAAAACAGAAUCUUUAUUAAUAAACAGAAUGAAUAAAACUAUUUAAAAGUGAACUAUAUAGUAAAAAGAACUAUAUAUAAAACCAGUCCUUGUAGGCAAUCCUUAAUCUCCACUUGACAUGUUUCGCUUACAGCUUUCUCAAAAGUGAAUGAAAAUAUAUAUAUAUAUAUAUUAGAGAGAGAGAUAUAGCUAUAUAGAUAUAAUAGAGAGAGAGAUAUAGCUAUAUAUAAAUAUAGAAUUUAAAUACAUAUAUGUGUGUGUGUGUGUGUGUAUAUAUAUAUAUAUAUAUAUAUAUAUAUAUAUAUAUAUAUAUAUAUAUAUAUAUAUAUAUAUAUAUAUAAAUUCUACAUGUAUAUUUAAGUAAUCUUUUAACAUAAUUAUGUGAUUUUAAUUAAUUAAAACUUGAUUGACAUGUCUGACAACCCAGGCAGAAAGUGUAGAGAAUGUAAUUCGCCAGCACUAUAUUUAACCCUGUAACUUUCCAAGACACCAUAAAACCUGUACAUGGGGGUACUGUUUUACUCUGGAGACUUCACUGAACACAAAAAUUAGUGUUUCAAAAUUAUAAAUUGUAUAACGAUGAUAUUUUCAGUAAAAGUAAAAGUUUUUUGCAUUUUUAACACACGAAUGGCACUUUUACUGACAAUGUUAUUGUUGUAAUAUGUUUUACGGUUUUGAAACCCUUAUGUUUGUGUUCAGUGAGGUCUUCCAAGUAUAACAGUACCUCCCAUGUACAGGUUUUAUGGUGUUUUUGAAAGUUAGAGAGUCAAAUAUAAGGCUUGCAUUUCAUUUUUUUCACAUUCACAUGAAAUUUGCCAGUUUGGUAAUGUUGCCUUGGAGACCGUAUGGUAGCCCAGGAAUGAGAAUUACCCGCAUGAUUGCAUACCAUUUGCAAAAGUAGACAACCCAAGGUAUUGCAAAUGGGGUAUGUCCAGUCAUUUUUAGUAGCCACCAAUGCUGAUUGGCCAGGGCUGUGUUUGAAUCAUGCUGGCUCUGCCCUUGAUCUGCCUCUUUGUCAGUCUCAGCCAAUCCUAUGGGGAAGCAUUGUGAUUGGAUCAGGCUACCACAUGUCAGCAGACUGCUUGUUUUUCUGAGUCUAACAGCAUGCAUAGUUACAGUUUCAGGCUUGAAUACAGUAAGAUUGUUACUAUAUUUAUGGAGGAAUGAGGGGCCCAGGGGGGGGAGAUGGUGGUGUUAACACUAUAGGGUCAGGAAUACAUGUUUGUGUUCCUGACCCUAUAGUGAUCCUUUAAUGCAUUUGAGUUGUUCUGGCAGCACGAAGAGGGACCUACACAAUAUUAUGCAGGUGCUUUUAAUGUUAUGGCUGAUCAGUAUAUUUGCUAAACCGUGUGAUUGAUGGAGAAAUACAUUCAAUGUCUUAUUUCAAUACUUCAUUGUGUUAAGUGUGAAAAAAACUAGCAAGGUCUGCGAUCUUGCAUUUGUGCAUGGAUAUACUAUUUUACUUGCAGUCAUGAGGGCAGAUUAUAUGAAGGGUGACAGCAUGUAACUAGUGCAUAUUCAUUGCACCAAUUAUCUGAUUACACCCCAUUUUGCUACUUGGCUUAUUUAUUUUUUUUAGGCUGCAUUUAUUGUACUUUAAAUUGCAAUGAGCGUUGUAUGUGCUUGCACAAUUAUUUCUUUACAGUAAUGUUGAGCACAGCUGACUUUGGACUAGAGUUGCUCAGACAGUACCAGGAAAAUUUUUGUGAAGUGGUUACUUCGUCAGAGAUGGUGAUUAGUGAUAUUUCUUCAGCUACCAAUUUAACAGCUUAUGAAACACAGGUAAAUAUGAAACUCACUUAAAAAUUAUUCUGUAUGGAUGAUUACAUGGUUUUAGGCAAUGUCUUAUCAUGUACACCAUUUUUAAACCAGCUGUUGAAUGUGUUUUUAACCUAAGGUCUUGGAACAAAUUGCAAAAAAGAAUUCAAAUUCCCGGAUUUUCAACACUCUGAUUAAUUCUGUGUUAGAUGAUCAAACCUUAACGGUAAUGGCGUGCUGGCAGCUGUUAUUUGCAAUGCAAACCACUAAUGUGUCUCUUAAGUCACUAAUUGAAGAGAUUCGAAAGGAGCCUGGUGCCGAUGCUUUCUUCCUGACUGGUAAAUUAAAAACUCCCUUGAAAUAUACUGAAUCUGUCCAUUUAACUUAAAUAGUGAGUUUGCAUUUACCAUUUUUGUGUGAUUAUUUUUUUUUUUUGCUUGCCAGUAUCCAACAGAGAAAAUGAAGCUGCUGAUAUUUUGGUGCGCCACAGCGACUUAAUCGUAAAAGCACUUGGCCAGAACAACACUCUUGAGUCUGCACUUCCUGAAGAUAAAGCAUUGUCAGAUUUGGUGAAAGAGGUGAACUUUUUCUUAUUUAUUUAUUCUUUCUACUUCUAGAUUUGUAUUGAUCUGCAGUACACUGAAUGUGAAGUUAUGCAGUCACAUAUGUAUUCUACAAUUGCAGAUUAUACUAGCUUUAGUGUAACUAUAAUCUUAAUUUUAUUAAUGACGAAUAUUUGCUUAAGUCUCUCUUUACUAGAACUCCACAGCAGUACAUUAACACAGAGAAAAAACAACCAAUCAGAAAAAAGUAAAGAAACCAUAUAAGGCCCCUCCCAACCAACUAUUUCCUCUUUCAAGCUGCGACAAAACAAAGUACAUAAACAAGAUAUAAUAAAAUAAUAAUAGAAGAAAAAUCUAACGAAAUCCGACAAUGACUGUCAUCCGAACUCAAAACAAAAGUUGAUCCGUAGAGGAAUUCCCAUAAUCAAUAACUGACAGUACAACAUCCCAGAAAAACACACUCUAACUUCCCCUAAAUAGACAAUACUAGUCUGUCUACCACCGUCCUGGAGAAUAGACUAACACUAAAAAAUAGGACAACAAAAACAAACAACGAUAAGGGAAGGGUGAAACUGGGAGGGAAAUAUUCGCCUCCUGUCAUUAAUAAAAUUAAGAUUAUAGUUACACUAUAGCUAGUAUAAUCUACAAUUUUAUAACAUGACAGGAGGCUUCAGAUUUGCUGUUUUAACGCGCCGACAGCAAAGCAAAAGAAACCUAACCGACGGUCUACAAUAACUUGACAACAAGUAUCUUCUUGUGACCAAUCAGCCGAAUGCAUGAUGUCUAGCAGGGAAACGCCUGCCCUAAAGGCACCGGAAGCCACCGCGCCUCUAACCGAAAGCGCUCCGGAGCUCAAAUUCAUCCCCGCCACUGUCAAUAACCAUUUAAUCCAUUGCGCCAUAGUAGGAGUCAAAACCGAUAUGUGAGGUCUGACCUAAGAAAUCAACAACUGGCCGGAAGGAGAAUAGUCCUCGCUACCCAGCGCUUAGGCGCAUCGCGGAAAUAAGGCUAACCAAAAUUACCGUUGAAUCCGACUGAUACGCCCUGACCCCAUCCAAAGGAAAAGAAAAAACGUCGCACUCGAAGGCCCAGUCCUCAAAACCACUACUGAAAGAAAUAAGGCAUAGCAAGAGAGAGGCCCCGAGAAUCAGGUCUAUCCCGAAGAAAAACGCCAAAAACGCGCGCAUGUCCCAGAGGUAGGAAUACUAGGCAGGGUGGACACUACAGUCUCAUACCACGAAGAAGCCUGCCGACUAGCAGAUCCUGACCAAAGGGUAGACUCUAAUCAGUACGUGGGCCGCGAAUGUUGAUCUCGCCACCUUAACCGAACGAUACGCUCGUCCCAGAACAAACAAACCAACAGAAAGUACAGCACGCUGGUUACAGGACCCGUGAAGGGAUCGGUAUCCCGUUCCAGACACCACCGACACCAGGAGCCCCAUGUUGAAAAUAGCAUCUCCUAGUCCCAGGGAUCCCAGAGGAGAUCCUAGCCGACUGCGAUCAUGCCUCGACCUUCCAGGCUCCCCUGAAAGAGUCCAGGCCACCAAUUGUAGAUGACAGUCCUUCACAAAGGGAUGAGGAUCGAAUCCGAGGGGAGCAUCAGUGAUGCCGGCAUGAAAACCCAGACUUGGCCCCGCCAUAGCGGAGCCAGCAACACCAAGGACACGCCGACUGCGCACUUGCAGUAAUACCCUGGGAAUCAAAGCCAAUGAAUGAAACGCAUAAACUCCCCCUGAAGGUCACGCCUGGAGAAAAAAAACGUCCACUGUUGAGCACGCCGGGUCCGGAAGUUAGCUGAAGUAGGUCGGAACCUGAAAAUUCGUCCAGGAGGCGAACAGAUCCACCGUGAACGAGCGCCUCUGGCCCACGAGUUCGAGGAAGGUGGGCCGAAGAUGUCGUCCAUUGCUGGUGUCCCUCCAAUGUCUGGAGAACCAACUCACCAUCAGGUUCGACUCUCCUGUUAAAUACACCGCCAGGGGGUGAAUUUGUGCUGGAGGCAGAAACUGUAUAUUUCCUACGUUACCUCCAGACAUAGGAUCGUCCUUAUCACCUUCCGAAUGGUCGCUAUCUUGGAUAGAGGCAGCCGUAGGACCUUCUUUUGCAUCUACUUCGAAACCGAAGGACUCGACCACCUGGGCAGGAGAGAGAGCUAACUUCUACCGGAUGACCACGAACCAUAGGUGUUCAAAUAAAGGGAACGCACAGUGCGUCUGACACUUCAGUCUGAAUGGCUCCUCGCAGAAUUGCAUGUCCAGAACCCACUGUACAGCCCACUUGUUGAAAUGGAGCCCGAAUCACCGCGUCUGUCAGGGUCUGUUGCUCACUUGAGGCAAAGGGGACCGGUGGAGGACGCACCUGAGUCGGAGGGAAAUGAAGAAGCUAUGACAUAUCCCCGAACCGUCUGAAGAACGAUGGUUCACAGGAUCCUCGGCGGUCAGAAAACCAGAAGCAGCUGGAGACGCGACCCUGCUGUCGUCCAGCGGUGCCAAAGAAAAAUACCAGUGAAAACUGUGGCGAAAGACCCGUUACACUGAGGUCUGCACCUUGUCCUAGGAAGUGAACAGGUUCACGUAUUUGUGCAGUUCCAUAAUGAAAGGUUCCCCCAAUAGCAGACCUUUUGCCAAGGGGUCCAAUUCCUUUGACCCCCAAGUCUGACAACUUGAUGUCCAUCCUCAAGGGGGGCCGCCUUCCUGCGUUCCGUGGAGAGGGCCACGUUUGUAUCGCCCAGUAGGCAAAUGGAUCGCAAAACCUAGUCCCGCAUGGCGGUAGGGUCCAGAGUAGCCCCCUUCCGAGUAAGUCUCCUCAGCCACCAUUAACAUCCUGCACAGGAAGCACAGCAUGUCCAGUAGUCCUGUGUCAACAGAGGCUGCUCUCGACCCCUUCAUGGGAUCAUGCCCCGUAUGGGUCAUGUAUGUAGCGACCAUGGAGUCAAAUUCCGGGGUUGUGGUGGGCUUAUCCGGUAGUACCGGUCUGGGGCAUUCAGCCCAAAAUUAUCUGCGCAUCUCCCAAUCAAGAGGUCUGCGGACCUAGUAAUAUACUAAUUGUGCCAAGUGAUCGGGAAAGGACUAUGCGGGGUGUCGAAUGGCCUGAGGGUCGAACAAGGGUUCGUCCACGGCAUCCAAGAAAGUGUCCUUGUCCGUAGUCUUAGCCGCCACCCCAGACGUGGAGGCAUCCUCCGGUUUACGGUGCCACUUAGGGUCAUCUCCAAGGUCCCUUCCCCACUCAACUUCCUCCUCAGAGGGGAACUGGCCUGCCUGCCAUACAUCCAGGAUGGCCGUAUAAGGGGGAAGGGUAUAGAAGCCCCCUCUCUGGCGCCUGGCAGGCGGUGGCGUCUGGACAAUGAGGCCGACAAAUCCGGGCCAAGACGCUUCGCCGGAGCCUUGCCUUUCCAGGAGCGUGGCACAGGGCCUUCACCCUUCCAAUACCUCCCUUGCCGGUACUCUCCUAGGAGAGUCCGACUCAGCCGAGUCGUCUGCCAUAUGGGAUAUUUCCCUAGCGCCCCAUUCCGGUUGAGCUAAAGGGAGGGCCCUAGCCAGGGCCUAUUCAGCAGAGGCGGCCACUGCCGCAUUAAUCAUGGCUUGCAGAUUCUGCUCUUGGGUAGAUGGUUCCGUGCUCAAGGAGCCGUGGGCAAGCGUGACACCAACGGGUAUAAGGACAAGCGUCACCAGUAUGUAAACGGAUCAGCACCCCUAAUAAUGGCAGAGGCAAGCAGUUAACGUAUACAGUGUCCAGGUGGGCAUGUAGAGCCGUCAGGCGUACAUAAAGAAUGGCACAGUCAGAGCAGGCCAAUCAAGGGGCACAGUCAAGGCCGGCCAAUCCAGUCACAGCCAAGCAAGCUAGGUAUAUGGACCCAGGCAGCGUCGGCCAAAUAGAGGCACCUUCAAGGUAGGCCAAUCAGAUAUAGCAGGGAGUGUGCCCGAGGCUAGGAUGUCCGGCAUGCAGAAAGCAGAGAUAAGCAUCCACAGAUAAUGCAAUAAUGACAUGUUGCACCAGGAAAGAUACAUUCAGAUUACUCUGGUGUCCAAAAUAUGUCCUGGGGUGUUACUACCCCCCCUUAAGGAUACUCAUUUAUGUACUUCAGCAGGUUGAGGGACAGAGCCAACUCUGCCAGGGUGUGAACCUGUGACCCCUCAAGUAUUCAAAAUAUUCUAGUGAUGAUGCAUCAACCCACUGUGCUAUCACCCUGAUAUAUGUAAGCAGGGGAGGCUGCACGGUAGAGGGGAGUGCAGCAUUUGGACUACAACUGCCACCACCAGUCUCCUGGCAGCCAGAGAAAGUGAGCCAGACAGAGCAGGGACCUGGGCAUAAACAGGUAACCGUGGAGGGGGCAAAAAAACCUGCAGCCAAAUCUCCCCUCCGGGUACAGUGCAUAUCCCUUUAAAUGGCACUAAACGAGCAUUGUACCUUUAAGAGUGGCCGGCACUAUGCCGCAACCCGCCGGCAUGCACCACGAGGUCGCGGGAGGGUGAGCAAGGAAACGGUUACCGGCAGGAAGUGCAUAACUGACCGGGAUAUCCAGUGAAAAAUCAAAACACUGCCUUUCCUUAUGCACACACAUCAUGCAGCUCUCAGCACAUGUCGGUGCGACAUAAGAAAACGGUCACAGACAGAGCAGGAACUGACUGGGAUAAUAGUGAAAAAUCAUACAAUGCUUGUCCCUAUUCACAUACAUCCUACUGUAAUACAGGGAAAACGGUCACUGACAGUAAGACUUGAACUGACUGGGAUAAUAGUGUAAAAAUCAUACAUGCUUUGUCUCUAUUAGCAUACACCAUACUGUAACACAGGGAAAAAGAGUCACUGACCGUACAAGCAUGAACUGACUGUCAGACGAUUGGGAGCAGUCACUCCCACGUGGUCAGCCUGCUCUCCCACUACUGUCCACAACCACCCUGCCAAGCUGCGGUAAUCCGACGCGCGCGAGCGGGGACAGGGUGGGAGAGAGCAGGCAAACAGCUCCCGUCCGGGAGACUGGGAAACACGUGGGACCGCCAGAGUCUUACUCUGCGGUCCCUGCGGACGGCAACGGGAGGAGGACCGCCACUCAGCUACCGCAGAGAUGGAUGGAGGAAGGGAGGGAAGGUGGCAUAAACUGCCGGGCAGGGCGAAGGAAAUGGGGAACAGGCUACCCUAGGGCCCUAGCCGGCAGGACAGACCACCAAAAACCCCAAGCAGGAAGAACCCUGCACAAAUAUGAAUAAAAAAAAUAUAUAUAUCAGCUAUGAAUAAAUUAUGAACAAAUAUGUGUAAAAAAUAUGUAUAAAUAUCCACAGCCACCCAAAGUAAAAGGAGGCAGUGGUACUCUGACCUGUGCUUGAUGCGGAGCAGCAAAGAAAGAGGAAAUAGUUGGUUGGGAGGGGCCUUAUAUGUUUCUUUACUUUUUUCUGAUUGGUUGUUUUUUCUCUGUGUUAAUGUGCUGCUGUGGAGUUCUAGUAAAGAGAGACUUAAACAAAUAUGAAGCCUCGUGUCAUGUUAUAAAAUUAGCAGUACAGUCUGCAUCCAAAAAAUAAUUUCUGCACGUAUAAAUAAUAUAAAAGCUUGAUAUUUAUGGGUGUAUGAGCAUAGCCAGUAAAAUGUCACAGGGAGUGUUAAGACCUAAAAUACAUUUAAAAUGUAGCACAGAAGCAUUAGCACCACAGUUUGUUUAGUGCACUACGUUUUAGGCCUACCCAGGUACAUUUGCCUGUGAAAGCUUUAAGUGGAUACUGUUGCAAUGGAGUUUUUCUGUUUCCAGUUAAUUCUGAUUAUAAAUCUGCUGUUAUAAUUUUGACUCAACUUUUCAAUACAUUCAGAUCUUGUGGGUUUCUGUGAGAUGGCUCCUUUAUGUUUGUUACUUCUUGGAUUAAUGCUUCUCACUUUACUUUUUAAACCAGUCUAUGUGAAAUAUGGGUCUUUAAGGUUAGCACAACUAAAUGUAACUGCCGCACGUUUUCUCAUCCUUUCAAUAUUUGAUUAAUAAGCUUUAAUAAUUGUGACAAUGUUGCACUGAAAGAAAGUUUUGCUGCUAAUGUUAACAUGUGUGAAACAGUGCAUUCACUUUUUUUUUUUUUUUUUGAGGGUUUAUGUUUAACUGUGUAUAGGUCACUUAUUAUGAUCUCUUAUUCCUUCAGCUUUUCAAUACACCAGCAGAAAGUGAAGACAGCGAUGCGAGUUUCAAGCUCCUGACUUCUGCACUGCAGCAAAACAUACCAGUCAUGAAAUUCUGUAAUUUGCUCUUCACUGUCCAGGACUCUGCUCCAGACUUACAACCUGUUAUAAAAGAGCUAGAGCAGCUGGGUGAGUAUAUCAUAAAAUAUUGCUCUGCCAUGAGAUUUGCAAAAAACAAUAGCUUUUCCUGUAUAAGAAUAAAAAGUACCUAAUUGGCAUCCUUUAGACCAGUUAUGUGGCCACCAUCAACCAUUCACACGAUUAAUUCUUCUAAUGUAGUCUCCAUAUUUAGUGUGCUGUUGGAAAAAAUUAAUGUAUUGGGCUUCCCAAAGGGCCAACAAUAGUUCGAGAAUCAGAGAACGGACACAAGUUUGGUUAGAUCCUACUUGGUGGACUCAGUUGAUUUUUAGCUAUGUUAUGUAUUCAGUGUACAGGGAAAGUAUUGCCAAAAGAAAAAAUGGCCAUGUAGUUUGCAUUGUAUAUAUGUCUCUUUCUCAUAUGCUUGUCAUAGGCUUAAAAAAACAAAACAAACUGGGUGGUAUGUUUAUUCCUCAUUCUUGGGUUCUCUACCAGAGGCAUGGGAGCUUGAGGGUUCUGCGUAGUAUCUUAGCUGUUCCUAGAACUACACUCUUCUGGACAGCGAUCUCAGAUGUCCCACCUGGAAUCUGUUGAAGCCACUUCCCCCAACUUGGGAGUCACAGCCCCGAGUGCUCCUAUCACAACUGGGACCACUACUGCCUUCACUUUACAUAUUCUUUCUAGUUCUUCUUUCAGUCCUUUGUAUUUCUCCACCUUCUCAUGUUCCUUCAUCCUGAUGUUAUAGUCACUGGGUAUUGCCACAUCCACCACGACUGCAGCCUUCCAUUCCCUGUCUACCACCACAAUGUCAGGUUGGUUGGCCAGCACUUGUUUGUCUGUCUGGAUCUUGAAGUCCCACAGGAUUUUAGGCCUGUCAUUCCCGCAGGUUCAAUCCAUAUCCUUUCUUUCAUAUGUCUAACCAUGUAUGCUGUUCCUGCUAACAUCUUGCAUCCGGCUACUAGGUGCUGGACUGUCUCAGAGGCCUAUUUGCACAGUCUGCACCUUGGGUCUUGCCUGGUGUGGUAGACUCCAGCUUCUAUUGAUCUGGUUCUGAGUGCUUGUUCCUGUGCUGCUAGGAUUAGUGCCUCAGUGCCGUCUUUCAGUCCUGCUUUUUCCAACCACUGGUAGGAUUUUGUCAUAUGAACCACAUCAGCUAUCUGUCAGUGGUACACCCCAUGGAGAGGUUUGUCUUGCCAAGGAACCUUCUCUUUUCUGCAUCAUCUAUCAGUUGAAGUCUCAUUUCAUCUUUUGGAGCCAUCUUCGUGAUGUACUUGUGGAUGCUCUAUGUUUCAUCCAGGACUGUUAACUUGACACUCAUCAGGCCCCAACCUCCUUCCUUCUGGCAGGUGUACAGUCUCUGGGUGCUGGAUUUCAGGUGGAAUCCUCCAUUCAUAGUGAAUAGUUUUCUGGUCUUGACAUUCAUGUUGACCAGUUCUUCUCUUGGCCAAGUUAUUAUUCCAGCUGGAUACCUGAUGACCGGUAGGACAUAUGUGUUGAUGGCUUGGAUCUUGUUCUUACCAUUGAACUGGGACUUCAGGACCUGUCUGACUCUUUGGAGGUACUUAAAUGUUGCUAUCCUUCUUGCCUCUUCGUCAUGGUUGCCAUGUGGUACCCCCAGGAACAUAUAGCUGUUCUCUACAUCUUCUAUUUGGCCUUCUGGAACUCCUUCUGUCCUGAUCAUCAUCCCUCUUUUUGCUAUAAUCUGCCCGCACGUCUCUCUAGUCCGAACGACAUUCCAAUGUCCUUGUAUAUCCUAGUUAGGUGAAUCAGUGAGUCAAUGUCCCGCUCAUUCUUGGCAUACAGCUUGAUGUCGUCCAUGUAGAGUAGGUGGCUGAUGGUAGUUCCGCUCUUGAACCUGUAUCCGUAUCCACUCUAUGUUUGAUGAUCUGGCUAAGGAGAUUGAGGCCUAUGUAGAACAGCAUUGGGGAUAGCACAUCUCCUUGGUAUAUGCCACAUUUGAUGUUCACUUGAGUUAUUGUCCUGGAAUUGGCUUCUAGAGUUGUUUUCCACUUGCCAAACGAGUUUUUGAUGAAGGCUUAUUGUCUUGCUGACCUUGUAGAGAGCCAAGCAUUCCCAGUAUCCAUGUGUGUGGAUUAAUAUUUUAUAUAGUGUGUGUGUGUGUGUAGAUUUUUGUUUAACAUUGUAUUAACUAUCCUAUAUAUUAUUAUUCACGGCAGUUUAUGGGUUAUGUAAUUUAUCAUCUGGAACUAUGUAAUGUAUUUCUACACACAUGCAUCACUUUAUUUAGAUGUAUCUGACUGUGUGUAACAAUUAGCACAGCUGUGGACCGCAUAGGUGAUCUCAGUCCAAUUUGUUCUUGUGUAGUGCACACGCAGCAUUCUCAUUGAUAACUUGACAAGUUAAUAUUGGCAGCCUGGCGUGACAGAUCUGGGGGCUGCUUUACAGCUACAGUGAUUUUUUUAAUUUUAUUUAUUUUUUUAUUUUUAUUUUUUUACGAAAUGCUGCUAUAAGCUACUCACAGCUGAUAGUGGGUGCAGGUUGCUCUUUGCACCCUCAGGUUUCCAAUCAUGCAAGAUUGUAUGGUACUUAGAGUGACUGUUUCAGCAGAUCAUCUGUCAUGCACCUCCAAAUUAAUUAGUAUAUUUAUAGGUUUCUAGUAUUUCUUUUUGCUUAACAGCGUUCUAUGCCGUCCCCAUUGAAAUGGGCUUUAAAGUCGUUGCGGCAGCAUAAAACGCCGUAACGGAUUAAGCCCCCAGGAGGUAAAAUUUACUUACCUCCGGCGCGAUCCUCUUCGGGAGGACUGCCUGACAGUCCUCCCACGGCAAAUCAGGCCCCCGGGAGCCAUGUGAUCACUCUCAAAGAGCGAUCACAUGGCCCCCUAUAGUUGGCUGUGGAUCUGCCAGCAGGGGGACUGUCUGAAAUAUCAGACAAUCCCCCUGCUGGUGGGAAGUAUUAAAAAAACGUUAUUAGACAAGUUUAAAAUAAAAUAAAUGUGUGUAUGUAUGUAUGUAUGUGUAUGUGUGUGUGUGUGUGUAUAUAUAUAUAUAUAUAUAUAUAUAUAUAUAUCUAUCUUAUUUAUAUGUAACGUCAUACGUAAUGUAUUUUAAUAUUAAUAUAAGCACAUAUAUUAGUAUUAAAAUACUUAGAAUGAAGUUACAUAUAUAUGAUAUAUAUUGUAUACAUAUAUAUUGUAUACAUAUAUAUUUUAUAUUUAUAUAUACACGUAUAAUUACAAGAAUAAAUAAAUAAAAUUUAAAAAAUAAAAUAAAUUUAUAUAUACAAAUGUAAUUUCAUUCUAACUGUAUUUUGUUUUUUAUAUAUAUGUAACAAAAUACACUUAGAAUGACAUUCUAUAUAUAUCUAUCUAUAUAUAAAAUACAAAUAACCGCAAAUAUAUGAUUGCACACCAAUUGCAAAAGUAGACAACCCAAGGUAUUGCAAAUGACGUAUGUCCAGUCAUUUUUAGUAGCCACUUAGUCACAAACAUUGGCAAAAUAUUAGUUUUUUGCUUUUUUCCCCACAAAAAAACAAAUAUGAACGCUAACUUUGGCCAGUGUUUGUGACUCAGUGGCUACUAAAAAAGACUGGACAUACCCCAUUUGCAAUACCUUGGGUUGUGUACUUUUGCAAAUGGUAGUCAUGGGGGUAAUUCUCAUUCCUGGGCUACCACACGGUCUCAAACGUAACAUUACUAAUCUGGCAAAUUUUAAUGUGAAAAAAAUAAAAAAUGGAAUGCGCUAUAUUUGACCCUGUAACUUUCCAAAACACCAUAAAAUCUGUUAAUGGGGGGGUACUGUUUUACUUGUGAGACAUUGCUGAAUGCAAUAUUUGUGCAUUUUAUUGGGGUAAAAGCAAACCGUAUCAUGACAUUUACAGAUAAAAUGUCAGGCAGUACUCCUUUUUUCUUUUUUUUUUUUUUUCUUUUUUUUUAAAUCUUAAUUUCUCACAGUUUUUAUUUUUAUUUUAUUUUAUUCAUAAUAAGUUAUGUUUCAUAUAUGAAUAGUUCAUGAGAAGUUAAAGCCCUGUUUCUCCUGAACAAAAUGAUAUAUAAUAAGUGUGGGUGCACUUAAUAUGAAAGAGGUGAAUUACGGGUGAACAGAUAUAUAGCGCAAAUUCCAGGUUUUGUUUACAUUUUGUUUUGAUCAGAACGUGUACUAUUGACUCCGUCCUGAAGGGGUUAAAUGUGAUUAUUUUUCUGUGUGUGUAUAUUGUAACAUUUUGUUUGUGUUUUUGUUAGGCUUGCUUAUGGACGAGAGAUCAAAUAUGCAAGGUAUCAGCAAGUGGAAUGUUGCCAACGAUUUCCAACUAGUAGUUGUUGAAGAGUUUGGUGAAAGAAACGAUGAAGACGAAGAUACUAAAGAUGAUGAAAAUGAAGAGGCAGAGGCCAAGAAAGAGGAGUCUGAAUCAACACAGGAAAAGGAAUCUGCUGGUUCUACUAAAAAGAGAUAUGUCUGCCAGUCAUGUGACAAGAUAUUCCUGUUCCGUUGUCGUCUAGAGGUGCACAUGAAGCGCUGCCGGAUGGCAAAGAGGAAUCCUUUACAAUGCAAGGAUUGUAAUGAGGUCCUAACUUCUAGAAAAGAGCUAGAUCAACAUCGAGAGGAAAUUCAUGGUUUUGCGACGUUUCCUCGAUCAACCAAAGGGAAAAGGAAAUUGCUUGUUACAUGUGAUAUUUGCGGAAAGGAGUUUGCACAUCCGUCAGGUACAUUUAAAAAAAAUGCCAAUUCGUUAUCCUGCUAAUGCAAUCCUAAAAUGGGCUUUUUAUUGGACUGGUUGUUAGACUGUACUACACAAGAACUGCAUAACCUAUUUAUUUUAUUGUUUCAUGAAAUGUUGUUUCAUAAUUUUUUUCCAUUUCUUGUUGGGACUUUGUAUUAACUGUAUAAAUUAAAGGAACACUCAAAGCACCAUAUAGAUGGUGGAUAUGGUGCCCUGGUGUGGCUCCUCUGUUGCAAGUCAAGUAAUUUUGCAGGGCUUAGCAGAUUGGAUCAGUCAACACUCUCAGCAAAUAAGCUAGCCUUGCGUUACAAGGUUUAAAGGGACAUUAUAGUCACCAGAACAACUACAACUUAAUGCGUUUGUUCUGGUGAGUAUAAUCAUUCCCUGCAGGCAUUUUCAUGUAAACACCGCCUUUACAUUGCCACUUAGGGAGACCCUUUAGUGUCCACUUCUCAGAUGGCAACUGGAGGUACUUCCUGGGGCAGUGCUUCACAGUGUGUAAGGAGACGCUGAACUUUCCUCAUAGAGAUGCAUUGAUUCAGUGCAUCUCUAUGAGGAGGUGCUCAUUGGCUAACCCUGCUUUUAGCCCUUGUCAAUUUCAGCCAAUCCGAUGCUUUGCCUAUGGGAAAGCAUUGGAUUGGCUAAAAUCAUAAAUUCUGAUGUCAGCAAGAAGGCGGACCUGGGGCGGAGCCAGCAGACCCACGCAGCGCUGGAAAUAAGGUAAAUUUCCUUACCUUUUAAGGAGGGGACACAAGCCACCUAAAUGGUGGUUUUAAGACUAUAGGGUCUGGAAUACAUGUUUGUGCUCCUGACCAUAUAGUGCUCCUUUAACUCAGGACAGCCAACGUAAGCUGCUGCCAGGAGCUUCCGGUUUUUCAAUGUCCAUUAUUAAUGUGGAGAGCAGUGCCCAGCGGACAUCAGUUAAGAAGUCAAACCAUUCUAAAAAGAACUAUGAAUGUGGGAGGCAGCAGAGUACUUAUAGCACCAAGGCUAAUAACCAAUAGUCAGAGAAAGUAUUUUUUACUAUAGAAGGUUUUAAAGAUGAUGAUGCUAGAGAGAAAUGCAUGAAUAAUUGGUGAUCUAUUCAUUUCUGAAUAGGAAGGCUGGUACGUUCAGGAUCUGAUAUUGGUAUUCACAGCAUGAUUGUCCAGUUAGAUAAGAAUGCACAAGUGAUGAAUGUGCAAACUGUUUAUUUUUGUGUUCUCAGGAUUACAGUAUCACAAAAGAACAGAGCAUUUUGAUGAGAAGCCAUUCUCCUGUGAAGAAUGUGGUGCAAAAUUUGCUGCCAACUCCACACUUAAGAACCAUUUACGUCUUCACACAGGGGAGAGGCCUUUUGUAUGUAAGCACUGUCACAUGACUUUCACCCAGGCAGCUGCACUGUCAUACCAUACCAAGAAGAAGCAUUCUGAAGGUAUCUUUCUACUACUGUUUUCCAGGAUGCCGCAAAUGCAUAAAAAAUGAAAGGUUGGGAGGGAUAGGGUUGAAAAUACCGUGUACAUAUAUAGAACUAUAAAAGAUAAUGGAUAUGUGAAACAGGCGCUUAGAUUUUCUUAUGUAAUGAACCCAAAAUAAUUACCAGCUAUUCUCUCCUAAUACACCACAUUUAAAAACAUGCUUUAACCAAUAAUUUAUUUGUGGUUAACACAUCGCAAACCAGAGUGGAACGCUGAAAAUAAAUCUAAUAUUUUCACUCACCCUUAUACAGAUGGAGCGACAGGAGUAUUUUUAAAACACAAAAAAAGAAAAACGAUUAAUGUAAAACAUAUUUGUGUAUGUAUACAUAUUUUCCCCUUCCUCCUUGUCUCAUAGUCAGAUUAAGAGGGGCGGCCAUGGCAAGACGGGCGCCCCAGUGAACUAAAUGUAUGUAAAAAUAUUAUUUCACUUCUAGGAGGAGGAUACUGCAUUUACAUCGGUAGCCUAGUAUUAUGUUUGUAUACCUAACAUUAGUGGAGUUAAAGGGUAUAAAAUUAAAUAUCUAGUACUACAAUUUGUUAGUUAUGACUUAUUAAAAUUAGUGUAAUUCAUAUUUUGUAUGUUUUUUUUACAGUUCAGUACAUUUUUAAAUGAACUAUCUUAUUUUAGGAAAGAUGUAUGUGUGCCAGUACUGCGAUGCUGUCUUUGCACAAUCCAUUGAACUGACGCGGCAUGUGAGAACCCAUACUGGAGACAAGCCAUAUGUCUGUCGAGAAUGUGGGAAAGGCUUCAGUCAAGCCAAUGGUCUUUCCAUCCACCUGCGUACAUUCCAUAGUAAGUGGUGGACUCUCCACUAUAACUAGUUAUUUUCCCAGAAAAUAUGAAUGCAGCAAUAGCAACUCAUAUGUAGGUUUGUGGUUCACUUUAGUGUGUCUUUCUUCUUCAGGAACAGUCACUAUAAAAAAAGCUAAUUAUUCAUACACCGUAGUAUUUUAAUUUUUUAGUGUGUCUUUCUUCUUCAGGAACAGUCACUAUAAAAAAAGCUAAUUAUUCAUACACCGUAGUAUUUUAAUUUUUUAUAUAUAUAUAUAUAUAUAUAUAUAUAUAUUUUAAAGAUAUUACAAAGAGUUUUUGUAAAACAUUAUGGGUAAUUGAUUUAUUGGUGUUUCUUUCAAAUCAGAUUUAUUGAAGAGGUUUAGUAUUUGAAUAAAAUAAAAAAAAGAAAGUUAGUGAGUAUUGCAAAACUGUAUGAAAUUUCUUGUAUAUGUAUUUUCACCGCUUAUUUUAUAUGUUUAAAAGAAAUUGUGCUUUGGUGAUAAAAAUUUUAAUAUCAACAAUUUUUGCCAGAUAUUGAAGAUCCAUAUGACUGUCAAAAAUGUCGAAUGAGUUUUCCUACUUUGGAGGAGAAUCGACAGCACAUUCAGGUUGUACAUUCCAAGGAAUACCAUCCCUGUCCUACAUGCGAGAAGAUUUUCAGUGCUCCAUCCUUACUUGAGCGCCAUAUUGUAACCCACGUUGGAGGAAAACCCUACAAUUGUGAGAUAUGUGAUAAGGCCUACCAGGUAUGAUGACUUCUUUUCUGAAAUUCUUCUAUUGUUUAUAUGUCACUGAUGAAGUAUAACAAAUGGUUUUCAGCAUAUAUACUGUAACAACUUAAAGGGACACUUCACCACCCAAAUACUUAAACACCUAAAAAUAUGUUAUAUAUUGGAAGGCGGGGCCUGAAGUUGUGGGAGGGGCUAUGUACCUUUAAAAGGGACUCCCCCUCCUACCUAACUUAACCUAGACUGCUGAAUACACACACAGACUGCUGAGUACACAGACUGUUGAAUACACACACAAUACUGCUGAAUACACAAAUACUGCUGAAUACACAAAUACUGCUGAAUACACAAAUACUGCUGAAUACACAAAUACUGCUGAAUACACACACAAUACUGCUGAAUACACAAAUACUGCUGAAUACACACACACAGACUGCCGAGUACACACACACAGACUGCUGAGUACACAGACUGUUGAAUACACACACAAUACUGCUGAAUACACACACAAUACUGCUGAAUACACACACAAUACUGCUGAAUACACACACAAUACUGCUGAAUACACAAAUACUGCUGAAUACACAAAUACUGCUGAAUACACAAAUACUGCUGAAUACACAAAUACUGCUGAAUACACAAAUACUGCUGAAUACACAAAUACUGCUGAAUACACACACAAUACUGCUGAAUACACACACAAUACUGCUGAGUACACACACACAGACUGCCGAGUACACACACACACUCCUAAAUACACACACACAGACUGCUGAGUGCUGACACACCACCACACAGACUGCUGAGUACACACCACCACACAGACUGCUGAGUACACACCACCACACAGACUGCUGAGUACACACCACCACACAGACUGCUGAGAACACACCACCACACAGACUGCUGAGAACACACCACCACACAGACUGCUGAGAACACACCACCACACAGACUGCUGAGAACACACCACCACACAGACUGCUGAGAACACACCACCACACAGACUGCUGAGAACACACCACCACACAGACUGCUGAGAACACACCACCACACAGACUGCUGAGAACACACCACCACACAGACUGCUGAGAACACACCACCACACAGACUGCUGAGAACACACCACCACACAGACUGCUGAGAACACACCACCACACAGACUGCUGAGAACACACCACCACACAGACUGCUGAGAACACACCACCACACAGACUGCUGAGAACACACCACCACACAGACAGCUGAGAACACACCACCACACAGACAGCUGAGUACACACACACACACACAGACUGCUGACACACACACACAGACUGCUGAGUGUACACACACACACACACACAGACUGCUGAGUGUACACACACACACACAGACUGCUGAGUGUACACACACUGCAUUGAGGGGUACAGUGUAUGUGUUUGUGUGUAGGGUGAUGUGUGUGGGGGGGGGGUGAUGUGUGUGUGUGUUUGUGAGGGGUGAUGUGUGUAGGGCAGGGGUGCUGUGUGUAUGUUGUCCCCCUCACUGUUUUCUUUCCCCCCAUCCCUCCCUCAGUUUUCUUUCCCCCAUCCCACACUCAGUUUUCUCCCCCCCAUCUCUCCCUCAGUUUUAUUCCCCCUUCAAUUUUCUUUCUACCCCCCCAUCCCUCCCUUAGUUUUCAUUUCCCCCCCCACUUGACCUUGAUCUCCUACUUUGUAGCGUGGCCAAGCGCACCGCAGAGCUCAGUUUCCUGUACCCGGCCGGACAGGAAGUGCUCUCUCUGUGAGCACUUCAUUUCCAUCCACCAGGGUACAGGAAACAUAAGUUCCUGUACCGUGGCGCGCUCGGCCACGCUAGACAGAGUGCCUGGCAGGAGGGAGCGCUAUGCGCUCACCUCCUGCCGGUCACUCCGGUUUUUCGCCCGCCGGGCCGGUGCACUUUAAGGCGGCCACUUGUGCCGCCUUAUGGAUGCGCCGGCGGAGCGCACCCUCCCUCCCUCCGGCGACCUGUGGCCGCGUGCCCACAGAGGGGGCUCGGUGUGCCACCUGUGGCACGCAUGCCAUAGGUUCGCCAUCACUGCCUUAGAGAGUAGAGGUCCUGCGAGGCCAACACCCAUCCUCCACGAAAGAGGUAAUAGCGCCCACGGGCCAAAUCAUAGCCAGAUGCCUCACAUGUUGCAUAGCAAGGGAAUCACUCGUCACACCCACUCCACAGUUCAUAGACUCAUCCUUGUAAGCCCACAUCCAGCAGAUCACCCACUCGCGCCAACUAUAGAUAGAGCUGACCCAGCCACUUGGCAACUAGUAGGAACUCACCUGUCACCAGUCUAACGAAUUGUUUCGCCACUUCGGCACUAGUUAAACAACUGUAUACACCCUCAAGAGGAACUCGGGAUUCCUACAUAUAUAUAUUUUAGUACGUCCCAAGUUCCAGAAGAAGGAGAUGACGUUCCUUUUCCAAGUACUACAACUAGAACUGCCACCCCUACAAAAAAGGGGGAUUCCGGCAGUCCAUCUUCAAUUAGAUCGUGGACCAUCCCACGAAUCACGGACAAAUUACGCAAAGCAACAUACCCUUUACACCUACUGCCCGCAAAGUAGAAUUAUACAGGCUAAUGCAAGCCAAUACUAACAAAUCAGACACGGGGGCAAGCACAAGUGGCACGAGCAAUGCCACCCGUUAUACCAGGAUCGCCUCUAUAGUAACAUCCCUGAGGCAGAUGACCGAUAGACUAGAGUGACUGGAAGCUCAUGGCUGUCCAGUCGUGACACCAGAAACCACUCGCACUGAAUUACCGGGCCCUCCCCAUUCCCAACCCGGUAAUUCUAACACGCCUAUCUUCUUAGGCCCUCAUGUCAUUACCCCAACCAUAUGGUACCGACAGACCUCAAAGGACAUCCUGAAGGACAAGGGCGUUAAUCUCGUAUCGCGUAUCAUCGCCUCCCAGGAUGGCACAGUACACCGCUCAUACACCUAGGGCGACAUCUCAGUGGUCAUUGGAUGCUAGAGACACAAGACUGGAAAGAUUGUUCAUCAGUAUGGUUAUAACCUUCCUGGUCUUGUCAGUACAGACACUACUGCAUUUUCACAUGUCUCAGCCUAUAUUCCGGGCAAAUUGGGUCCUGUACGUCUACCCUCAGGUCAGCCGACUCAACAGGUAUAUAGUAUAUUUAGUCAUGGCAUUCCGGCACCUCUAUCAGGUUCCCCGUGUAGACCCUGCAACGAUCAUAUGUUACGCUGACGGUUACUGGUCAAUAUCAGUAUGACCAUAUUUCAAUUAUGGCUACGCUGUCGUGACCAGUAACUUUCAACUGACCUACAGCUUACAAUAUACCACCAACCCCACCUCAUUAAAUUCCACUAAGACUUACGUUACCUCCCAGUACCACUGGAACUACAUUGGGCCUCUCUCAACCUCUUUUGCAUAGUCCUCACACAAAGCCAUCGAUGGCCCUUUGGCGACGUAAUUCAGUUAACCUUAGGAGACAAAUACGUCUUAUGUUGCAACCCCUCAUUUGGCACUAAGUUUACAUAUCAGCUGGAUAGGAAUGUAUGCGUAAAGUGCAGCUAUCUCACAGCUUUCUACCUGUAAAUCAACUCGUCUUAUAGUAUUAUACUUCUGCUAUAUCUGGCACUGUCCACAUACGGCCACACAGUAGCUCUCCUCACGACCCUGGCUACACGGACUACUCCUGGCCAAACGUACAGAAGGUAAUAAUUCCCUCAUAACAGACGAACUACUUCAGUCUAGCAUAUUGUCAAUUUACGACGCAGGCAACAUGCCACAUACAUUAUGAUUCAUCCUGAGUUAUGUGGGUCAUUUAAGUUUCCCAGGGUCGUCCUUACUACCCAGCCGCCAUUGGACUUACAUAGUCAAUUCCAGACUGGACUAGUCCCACAUCACCGCUGCGUAUUAGACCAGUUCAUAUACAUCAUAUUAUACUGUCCUUCCCAUUUUCCUGGCUAAUUGACUGCUAUACUUGGCUUUUAUGGUUUCCCACGACCAAAAACUUACCAUCACAGCGCAACACGAUUCCAAGCUUUGCCUACGGUGUUCUAACCUGUACAAAUACAGGAUCACUGCGUACUAACUUACCAUCAACUAAGACCAGCCAGAGGGGUCACGAGGUACUUAUUCAGUACUACCCCACCAACGACGCAUGCCGCAGCCGACACAGAAAGUAAGGAAUGCAUUUGUGAUAUGUCAUCGGAAUACGCUAACUCUGUGUCUUGUGUUUUCGUAAUAAACAUCUUGAAUUACACUAUAUGGGUAUUCCUUUUUGCCCACUUAUUUACAGUCCUACCACACACACGUCGGUUUCCGCACACCUCUAUCGACUUUUUUAUUAUUGUGAUAAGUAUACUUACUAGCUAUUUCAUACCAUACUGAAAUGGCCCCGAACACAAUUUGGAAGGCGGGGCCUGAAGUUGUGGAGGGGGGGGCUAUGUCCCUUUAAAACGGACUCCCCCUCCUACCUAACUUACCUACUGGUCCAGAUGUACUUUUGGCCCACCCUCCUAUCUCUCUAUUCAACACUAUUCAAGGUAGGCCUACUUAUUUACAGGCCUACCACACACGUUGGUUUCGGCACACCUCUACCAACAUUUUUUUGUUAUUGUGAUAAGUAUACUCACUAGCUAUUUCAUACUAUACUGAAAUUGCCCCGAACACAAAUAGCAGAUAUACCCCAAAUGAAAACAUGCAUGCAUUUAAUUAUGCAUUUUUCAUUGGGGUUAUAUAUAAAAACAGUUUGCAAAAGCUGCAGUCCUGUGUCUGCUGCCUCGGCAAGCCGACUCCCUCUAGAUCAGCCAAGGAUUUCAGUGGCUGUCCAAGUCUUUGCAAGUCAGGUGCUCUGGGCAAUUGUCUGCAUUUUGAGUUUAGUUCCACUGAGCUAAAAAAAAACAGGAAGCAACAAAACCUGUUGUCUGUUUGAAGGCCGGGGGUAUAAACAAGGUUAAAGGGAUACUAUGGGCUUCCAGGCCACUUCAUCUCAUUGAAGUGGUUUUGAUGCAUUUUCCCUGUCCCCUUAACCUUGCAGAUGAAAACAUUGCAGUGUUUGAGAAACUACAAUGUUGUCAUUGCAGUGUUAAAGGAGCACUAUAGGGUCAGGAACACAAACAUGUAUUCCUGACCCUACAGGGUUAAAACCACCAUCUAGCUACCCUGGUCCCCUCAUGCCAACCUAAAUAUAGUAAAAUAUUACUUGUAUUCAAGUCUGGAGCUGCUUGCUUUGUCAUUGUUUCCUUUGACCUGCCUGCUGACAUCAGAAGUGGUAGCCGGAUCCAAUCACAAUGCUUCCCCCAUAGGAUUGGUUGAGACUGACAAAGAGGCAGAUCAGGGGCAGAGCCAGCGCAAUUCAAACACAGCCCUGGCCAAUCAGAAUCUCCUUAUAGAGAUUAAUUGAAUCAAUCUGUAUGAGGAAAGUUCAGUUUCUGCAUGCAGAGGGUAGAGACCAGGGCCGGAUUAACAUAGGGGCUGAUGGAGCUGCAGCUCCAGGACCAGUCCCAUGGAAUAGGCCCAUUUAAAAAAAAAUUAUAUUAUUUUAUUUUUAUUUAUUUUUUUACACACACUACUGGGUUUGCCAUCUGAUUGGUAUUUUAAGGCACAGCCAGUAUUUGAGGCUGCCUGGCCGUGAUGGUAUUGCAGUAAUACUAGCAAUACAAAUGUAAAUAUUUUUCUCUGAAUAAACAGAGAUUACUCUGCAAUAUCAGCACCGGCCAGUAGGGAUCACUGUGUAUGGAGAGAGGCAGGGAUAGGAAGUUACAGCAUAUCCCUCACUGCCUCUCUCUGCUCAUGAUACGCAGGGUAGCAGCUACACAGAACAGAGAGUUCAGACAGCAGCUCCCAGCCUGCAGAAACAAACUACAGCUCAGGGAAGUGAGGGAUGAUGGGAAGGGCAGCAGGGAGACACUAGGGGACACAUGGUGACACUGGGAGAUGUGGGGACGCUGUGAGACAUAGGUAGACACAUUUGGACACAGAGUCCCUAGUGUCUCAGUGUCCCCAUGGCUCCCAGGGUCCCCAAAUGUCUGUGUUCCCAUGUCUCCCAGUGUCCCUAGUAUCUGUGUCCCCAUGUCUCCCAGUGUCCCCCAAGUGUCUGUGUCCUUAUGCCUCCCAGUGUCUGUAUUCCCAUGUCUCUGUGCCCCUAGUGUCUUAGUUUCCUCAAAUGUCUUUGUCCCCAUGUCUCCCAGUGUCUGUAUUCCCAUGUCUCUGUGCCCCUAGUGUCUUAGUUUCCUCAAAUGUCUUUGUCCUCGUGUCUCCCAGUGUCUGUGUCCCAAUUUCUCACAGUGUCCCCAAAUGUCUCCGUGACCACAUGUCUCCCAGUGUCCCCAUGUCUGUAUCCACAAGUGCCAGUGUCUCUGUGUGCCCUAGUAUCCUAGUGACACGGGACACACAGAGACAUGGGGACUCAGACACUGUGAUACAUAGGGACACUGAUGCCAGGCUGACCUUCCAAUUCUUUGGACAGACAAACCCCCCCCUUUCGGCAUGUUCGCCCUUUUUGGCUUUUCUGGUCAUGUGAUUCGCAUCAGUGACCUACUCUUUUACCCCACCCAUUGGCUUCCUGCUUCAUUGGACACUGCUGUUAGGGGGUAUGGAUUUACUUGAAAUAUGAAAGCAUAAAUUAGAUAAAGAGAUUAGCAUAAAGUAUGUGUUUUCUUAUAGCUGCAUCCUUUGAGUUUCCCUACAACACCAACUCCAUCUGAGGAGUGGCCAGUGAAGUUAUCACUAGGCUGUAAACACUGCAUUUUCACUGAAAAGACAGUGUUUACAGCAAAAAGCCUGAAGAUAAUGAUUCUACAGAACAAAUUUAAUAAGCUGUAGUUGUUCUGGUGACUAUAGUGUCCCUUUAACACUGCCUCUAGUGGCUGUCGACCAGUCUCUAGGAUUUUCUAGAUCAGCAUGCUGUUUAAUAAUUCUGUGCUUGCAAUCUUAGUUUACUUUAAUAUUUAUGCCAAGUUAAACAUAUUUUUAUCAAUCUGUUUUCCACAGCAACUUUCAGGCUUGUGGUAUCACAACCGCACACAUCACCCAGAUUUGUUUGCUGCGCAGAACCAUCGAUCUUCCAAAUUCUCUGUCCAGUGUAGUACCUGUGAUCAAUUUUUUUCAAACCCAUCCAUCCUCCAAAAACAUGCAUUACUAGAGCAUGCUGGUAAGUGUUAUUUUUGGUGUAUGAUACAUGCAAUAUUGAUGUGUUUAAAUUCCAGUUUCCAUAAAAAUCAUAGUUGACAAUAUGGUGUAAUCAAAUAAAUUAGAGUUUUGAAGGGCAUGGUUCGAUCUUUAUUUCAAGAAUAAACUGUUCAGCACUAAAAGAUUUUUCAAACUGACCCAAUAACACACUGUGCAAUUUGAUUGGGCAAUGAAGCUAUUACUUAACCACUUAAUGACCACAUACGGUCUAUGCUGUCAUGCAGGGCUUUAAUGCCUAAGGAUAGCAUAGACCUUUAUACAAUAAAGGUACCAGCGGGGGGGGUUAAAGUUAGUGACAGUUGAGCUGUAAGUUCUGCUCAGCUGUGGUAUUUCUUUAUUGUCCCCAGCCUCCAAUGUUAAAAAAGAGGGAGGGGAACCCAGGUAUCUCUGCCAGUUGGUGCCACAUUCAGUGGCCCCAGACCGACAGGAGGGCUAUUAGAAGCGCUCAAAAUGAAUGCUGCUUAUACUCCUCUAAAUACCGCUGUAGAGCGAUCACACUACUGUGGUAAAUUUUAAAAUGCUUUUAGUGCCUUCCCUAACUCUCCAUCUCCUGCUGCAAUCACACUUUGUGAACUAGGAAAUGCCUCUGCUGACGUCGGUACUGAUCAGCAGAGGGAAUUCCUUGAAAGGUGGUAUGAGGGAUGAGGAGGUGUGUUUAAGACUGGGAUUAUGUGUUAGAUUAGGGGUUGGAUUAGCAUCAGAUUAUGGCAAGGAUAAUAGGUUGGAUUAAAGGUUGCAUUCAAAGUUUGAUAAGGGGCAGGAGUAGGAGAAAAUGUAUACAUGUGGGAUAUCAUUGUACUUGAGAACAGUAGCAGAAUAAAAAUGUGAUAUUUGCAGUAGUGGGACAUGUCUGUGGAUUUCUCUACAAGUCCUGCAGAGAGGUACCAGCCACUCGGUUCAGGAUCUACAGGGAGAAGCUGCACUUCUGCGAAAUCUUGCCCUACCAGAGGACUCACUGUCACACUCCCAGCCCUGGACCUACCGGAGGACUCACUGUCUCACUCCCAGAGGCACACCGAUGUGACCGGUCAAAGGUCACACCAUUCAUACCACAGGGGGCCUUGCCGUAUACUUAUGCUCCAGCCAUCACCUGAAGCUAUGGGCCACAUUCUUGAAUAUAAGUAAAGAUUUUAAGGGGGGUGGGGUCGACCGCCAUGCUGACCGGUCGCAUGCGGGAGAGGCUCCUGCAGGCACAGGCCCUUAAGCCUGAGAACUAAGACACACUAAGCCCAAAACAAGCCAAAAAGCGCAGUAAAGUGACCGGGUGGCGAUGGACGCUACUGCAGACCCCAAGGUCUGGAGUUUUGAGGCCCCUGGGGGCUACAUGAGACUUUGGAGACUGCGGCCUACUUGGGAGAGGAGCGGGGUGGACGGCCGUCGCCCUGACUCCAAAUCUAGCAGCCACACAGCAGCCCGGCAACACUCCUCACAGGCCCCCACAGGUUAUUCGGAUCCCCGGCCUCACAGCCAAAACGGCCGCCCCGCAUUUCAUGGGCUCUCUCCGACACACAAUGGGCAGAGAGAGGGAACAUCACUGCUCGGGGCUGGCAGAAGCGUGCAUCCCUGGACCGUCCUACCACAUCAUAAACCUGCUAAGUGAAUGGCAGACCAGGCCUUGGCACUCAGUGAGCGGGACCGGUCCCCAAGGGCCCUCGGACAUGGAGCACGGUGGGGAGGCUGCUCACACUACCACACAGCACCAGGAUGGACUACCUCGACGGGGAUCUCCCUUGCUGGCCCCAGAUGAAACCGACUGAGUUACAGCAGAAAGGUACCUACUGGACUCUCCACCUCGACGGAACCCUGCUAUCACCUCCCACACGUGACCCAGCAGCAAACAUGAGCCGAAGGUCAUAAUCUGGAGGGGCUGGUAACCGGACAUUUGUCGGCUGCCCGAACGCAUUGAGCCUGGAGGAAUAUGGGGCUUACACAACGAGACUCCAGUGGUUAUUCUUUUUCUUUCUCGGUGGUGUUGCCACACAUGCUUGUCACAUGCUGCAACAUCAAGACCUGGACUAUAUACCAUCCCCAGACCGUAAAGGCAACUAGCAGGACAUGAACAUAGAGGAUGCAUAGCUUGCCAGAGUAACUUAGCAUAUAGUUGAAUCUCAGCAGAACAUGUAUGCUUAGCUCACUAUAUAAAUGUUUUUAACAAGAAAUGUCCGCCUUGCUUGCCAGAGUAGCUUAAUACCUAAACGCACUAUAUGAAUGUCUAGCCUGACAGAGAGAACCUUAGACUGAAGGUUAAAUCACUUUGUUUCUGUUUUAUGCAGUCCUAGCCACACCUCCCCUGGCUAAGAUUGACAGAGCUUGCAUGAAAAAAAAACUGGUUUCACUUUCAAACAGAUGUAAUUUACCUUAAAUAAUUGUAUCUCAAUCUCUAAAUUGAACUUUAACCACAUACAGGAGGCUCUUGCAGGGUCUAGCAAGCUAUUAACACACCAGGAGAUAAGAAAAUCUUAAUUUAACAGAGCUUGCAAUAAAGAAAGCCUAAAUAGGGCUCUCUUUACAGGAAGUGUUUAUGGAAGGCUGUGCAAGUCACAUGCAGGGAGGUGUGACUAGGGUUCAUAAACAAAGUGAUUUAACUCCUAAAUGGCAGUGAGGCUGCAGGGGCAUGUUCUAUACACCAAAACUGCUUCAUUAAGCUAAAGUUGUUGAGGUGACUAUAGUGUCCCUUUAAGUUCAAACGCCUCCCUCCUGUGGGGAAGAAGAGAAUGAAAAGAAAAAAGGGCAAUGCUGCAGACCCUACCAUCACCUUAAGUGUAACUGUCUUUGUCAAAUGUGCAUUUAGCCAAGUGUGUCUAGCACAAACUACUGUUUUCAAAUACCCUGUUAUUUUCAUGUUGUACAAAACAAAAAUAAUGUGCUGUUUAAACUGCCACACUAUGUAAUGCCAUGAAAACGGUUGAAGCUGCUGUCAUGGCUCUGCACGCCUGUUGUCACGCUAUGCACUAAUAAAAUAAAGAAUAAAAAAAAAAAAAAAAUGUAGAAUAUAAAUGUAUAUAUAAUAUGUAUGGGUGCACUUAAACAGAACAUGGUCAAUUAUGGUAGAAUGAGUGCAUGGCAAGAGCACCAAAAGGCUUUGUUCACAAACCUGUUGCAUCACAAAAAAAAGCCUUGGUCCUUAUGGUGUGUUGUGAGUUUUGAUUAUUUUCUUUUUUAUUAUUUUUUUUAGAUGGCAAGCUUUAUGAAUGUGACAAGUGCAAGCAAACCUACCCAUCACCUGCUGCAUUACAAGUGCAUAUCAAAUGUAAACAUUCAGGUAAAGAAAUGGUGUGCUAUCUUGUAUAAUCACAUUAUUGAAAACUUCCCUCACCUUUCUGUGCUGUAUCCACUACAAUCACCCUCACUUUGCUGUUACAUAUUAAUUGUUAUGUUAUGCUAAUGUUUUCAAUUAUUUUAUUUUUUUUCCUCCUCCUUUGUCUACCACACGUAAUUUGAGUUGUUCUUUUGUCUUCUAGGAUCCCAACCAUUCCAGUGUCUUUAUUGUAGCGACUCUUUCCAGUUCCCUGGUGCACUCCAGCAUCAUGUUGCUACUCAACAUUUCAGUGAGACAGAAAGCACAUUUGGCUGUGAACUUUGUGGGGAGCUUUUCACUAAUCAGACUCAGCUGGAGAGACACUAUGAAACUGAACAUCUAACAGAAACAGAGUCUACCGAUGGUCAAGUAGUGCAGGUAUUGCUUGUCACAUUUUUUAAUUUUAUUUUUCUUAUUGCUCCUAUGUCUCUUUUAAUUGGACACUCAAUGCACCAUAACCUCUACAGCUUGUUCUUGUUAUAAUACAAGAAGUGUGAGUGCUAUGCCCCCAGUUUUGGUAAGUCGUUUUUUUUUUGGUUUUUUUGUGGACAGUUUGGGUGGGGAAAAAAGGUCUGGGUUGGUCUUGUCCUCGCACCCCAAAUCUGUCACAUUUGCAACCAGUCGGAUACUAUGGAGGAUUCACUUUUACGUUCUCAAUCCAGCUUCUUUUAACAUAAGACAUUAAUGAUGGACAGACCUGCACACAAAAAACACACACCAAAUGACACUCUUUGCAACUUUCUCACACAAAUCCAAGCAUGUUCUUCCAGAGGAGGGUUCUCCUGCUUAUAAGUGUGCUAAAACAUGGUCUAUUCGCUAUUCAGCUAUUUCUUCAUAUUUAAUUUUGCUGAUUUUAGAGAGAGCUUUACAUUUACUAGCAAUUCUGUUUGUACAAUACAUAUAGGAAAUCUGUUUAUCUCUCAGAUUACAUUGUUUUUGUCAUGAAAUGUGCACUUUAAUAACAUUCAGUCAUAGUCUUAAAGAUUGUUUAUGGUCCUGUCUAUUCAAAAAUUAAGCAUGAUGGUUACUAACUCCUGAAUAUUCCUUCUUCAUUAUGUCAUUAGGUCAUUCAAGGAGAAGAUCAAGUAUCAUCAACAGAACAAGUGAUUACUUUGGACGAGUCUCAUCUAGCAGGCUCCCAGGUUAUUGUGGCAUUACCAGAUUCUCAAAAUAGCCAAAAUGCUACUGAACUGGUGGCAGUGAGCAUGGAAGAUUUACUGGAUGGCACAGUUACUCUUAUUUGUGGAGACUCUGUUACUGGUGUAACACAAAGAACUCAAAGUUGAAAUGUAUACAGGACACCGAUAUGAAUUUUCCCAACUUUGGAUUUUUUUGCUGGUUGUAAAUUAGGACAGCUUUUAUACCAUUUGCAAUAUCAGUUUUAUUUUUGACACUAUAUUUUCUUCCUAGUGUAGUGUGUUUUUUUAUUUUUGUUUGGUUUUUUUGCUUUUUUCUUCCACUUCUCCCCUGCAAUCUUCUUCUUAAAGGGAAAUUGUCAUUAUUUUUACGGUUUUACAUGCCUUUUGAAAAACGGCCUUAAAAAUGUAGUGCAGCUUUUUGUGUAACAUUGGUGAACAUUUACAUAAUGUGCUAUUUUUGAAUUCUGAGUUCUUCAAGUUAAGGUUUUUGUGUCUUGUUAACUUCCUCCACUCUCAAUAAGUCUUAUACAUCAAUCAUUUGCAAAUUUCUGUAUAGUACUUUAGAACCAGAAUAUUUCUAUCUAUUUAUUUUUAUUCUUGUUCUACAGCUGACAAAGGUGCAGUAUUUAAGGAUGUCUGUUUCGGUAACCUGUAUUUUCUCUGCCGAGUAGUGCUAUUAUGUUGACACCUUUUCCAUAAUAAGCUAAGUAAACAAGUUUGCCUGGGCUAAGAAUAAUUAUCUAGUAAUGUUAAGUGUUUCCAAAGGUCCCUCUCAAGCAUAGAGCGUGAUGAGAACAAUGUAAAAUGGUUUGAAUGCAUAUGUGAUCUGAUUAAUCCUAGCAGCAUGCCUUCAACUCGGGCUGUCCGUUUCCUGUUGAGUGUCCCAUAUAUGCUUAGUUAGUGGAUAUCCAACUCAAAUUAAAAAUUCAAAGCUCCUCGAAGAAUAAGGAUUUCAGGAAACAUGUCUACACACCUUAAAAAAAAAAAAAAAAAGUCUGUAUCAGCGUUUACAGCAUCACAAGAGUAUGCGGUCUAUUUAAAAACAAGAUGUAAAUGUACACACAAACUCAACGGUCUCUAAAAUUCAAGUAUGAAAAUAUACACUUUCCACUUCUCAGAUACUUAAGCACUAAACACAACCCACACAAGAAAACUUAUUUUAUUUUAUUUUAUGGGCCAGGCUGCGGUGCUUAUCAACUUGAAUAAAAGGGGCAUACAAUCCAAAUAUUAUUAACAAAUUAAAAUUUUUAGUUAACUUUAAUAAACACCAAUGCCAGUCAGUCAUAGCUAACCUGACCGCCUUUAAAGUAUAUCCUGUACUAUUAAGCAUUUGUCCCUUCAAUACCCCCAACACUAAUGAAACCACAAGGGAAAGGAAAGCCAGGUCCGCCAUCGCUGUUUAUAUCUUCUUAAAAGUCCAGCCGUGGUGACAGAAUUGCACUUGUGUCAGGCCCCUUUAUAAUCAUACAAUCCCACUAUUUAGCACUUUUGAUACCGCCAACCAAUCUCUGGAUAGUCACCUGGUAACAGACUGGUCACUGGAAUGUGCCCACAGACUAGCCACCCCAUAGAAAAUUAUUUCUAUCCUACCUAGCAACUUCCUAAAUGAAACUCCGCUAGAAUACUACCUAGAGAUAACGUGACCCCCAUUUUAACUCUUUCUUGCUACCAUACAUGUUCUGCCACAGUGCUUAAUGCCGUGGCUUUUUUAUUAUAUUUUUAAAGGUCAGCUCUGUUUUAUCUUAAAUGGGAACUGUCACUUGUCAGUUUUUUUUUUUGUUUUUUUUUUUGUUUUAUUGUAAGGUUUACUCAUACCUAUAUGUAUUUGAGAAAAUAAAAUUAGAUGAAGGAAUCCGCAACACUUUGUCCUGCGAUAGGGUGCCUCCAUCAUAGCUGCCUGUUAUUCGUACUUACAAGCUCUCUCUUUAGUCAGCAUAGAGAAACAGUGGAAGAGUGGAAAAGAAACGUUUCGAUUUAUUUUUAUAUUUACCUUGUGUGAACGGGAUUAUGGUGUCAUUUGCUAAAUCUUUAGUGUAAAUGAAGACCAAAAAAAAAAAAGAGCAUCUCAUAAAAAGAAAAAAGUUAACACUCUUAACAGGUGAUUUUCAGUGUUUUAUUCAAUUGAGCAGACUCCAGACAAGUUACAGUUCCCCUUUAAGUACAAAAUGUAUCUAUUGAUGACAUGUCUUCAUUUUUUUUAGUUAUAUACCAUAGCUUCCAUUCCUUGUUGAGACAAAUUCAGUGAUUGAAACUAUGGUAUCCCUGUUUGACAAAUGUGUACACAAUGCAGCUGUUCAUGUAUUCUAAUUUACUUUAAACCAAACUGAGCCCAUUUUAACCCAUAAGAGAACCAACCUCCAGCUUCUAUUUGAGUGGUUUUCAUUAUUUAAAGGGACACUAUAGGCACCCAGAUCACUUCAGCUCAUUGACGGGGUCUGGAUGCACUGUCCCAGUCCCCUUAACCCUGCACUGGUAAUUAUUGCAGUUUUUGAGAAACCUUGGAGGGUUAACUCCACAUCUAGUCUCUGGUAGUCUCUACAAGACACAACUGACGCUGGACGUCCUCACGCUGUGCAUGAGGACAUCUAGCGUCACCCAAAACUCUGUUGGGAAAUAUUGUGUAAUGCUUUCCUAUGGGAUUCUGGGUGAAGUCCUUAUGCGAGUUAUGUGCAGGCACAUCAGGUGUCAUGUGUGUAUGUGUCCAUCCCGCUGGCUGAUGGAAAAGGAGGAACAUCGGCACUGGAAUCAGGUGACAGAAGGGGUUUUUAACCCCUUCUUCACCACUGGGGAGGGGGGGGGACAGUAUUGGUAGCUAUCGUGAUAGGAAAACACCUUUAUUUUCCUAGCACUAUAGUUUCCCUUUAAGUAUAUUGGCUUUUUUAACUGCUUUUUCACACUGUACUUGUCUUACUCAAAUCUAUAACGUUAUUGAACGUGUGCAUGUGAUGACAUACACAUAUCCUUAUUUAAUUCAUAGAAAAAACAAAUGGACCAGAAGGAGUGACACAGAGAUAUGCCACUUCCUUGUAGAUACAUUAUCUUUAGAAUAUAAAUUAAAAGGAGGGCUUAGUCCACCCCGUCUGGUAUACCCUGUGCCUGUUCAUUGUUGUGCUUUGCUAGCAGUGUUCAUUCUGUGUGUGAGAUACUGCUGGAAAAAAAAAUUCCCACCGUUUUUUGUUUUUUUUUGGAAACCUCAGUAAGACAUGUUUCCAGGCUGUCUACUAUCCAUAAAAGCAUCUAUUUUUUAACAUUAGUAACCCAAAGAAAUCUCAAGCAAAAAUAUAGAUAAAUAUAGUUAAAUUAGCAACAUUAGUAUAUUCUAAACACUUACAAAUGUAACAUUGAAUUUCUGUCUUGUGUUCAUAUAUCUAAGAUUCAUAUAGCAUCUUCCUGUGGAAGACAUUGAGCAAAAUCAUUUUCUAUAACUUUGAGUCCAGAUCUACUAUUAUAGUUAGCUAUAUUUGAAAUUGAUAAUCUAGCAGUCACAGUGAGAUGGAAUGUGGAUAUUUAAAUUUUUUUUGUUAUACUAAUCCGAAUCAUACAUCACACGUGUAUGAAUUAAUUUGAGGGACGGGGGAAUAUGUUUUUACUUUUAGGAAUAUGAUUAAAAUAAUUUCUGGCUCUGAGUUUUUGGGGGUUUUUUCCUUAGAAGAAACAAAUUAUUAGUUUAAUAUGUAAAGUAAAUUAAUAAAACCAAACUUUAUACAUGUAUAUCCCUUAAUCUAAAAGUUCGAUAUUGUGCUCAGGCCAUUCUAAAGUCUGUGCUGUCUGCAUCUUACCAGAAAUUGAUGCUACUAAUAUACCACUUAUUGUUCAUAGAUAUGUUUAAUCCAAAGAUUAGAUUUUUAUUCAAGUUUGAGAAGUUUUGUUUUUGAAUAAAAACUGCUCAGUUCUUGCACUUCCUCUCCCCCCUCAAAAAACAAAAAAACAAAAUCAGAUGUCAUCCACAGAAGAAAAAGAAUCACAAAUACAUAUAUUUACCAGGUUUAAUUGUGUACAUGCACUUGUACGCAUGAAUACAGAGGCAAAAAAAUGACUAAAUAUUUCUAUACUACCUUGAAAUAUAUAUACUUUAAGUACAGAUGUGUUAUUAAAGGCUCACCUUUCCUGUGCACCCUCAUGUGGUCAAGCUAAUUUCUCCUAAUAUUGUAAUUUAACUUAUUAAAGUUUAUAUGUUUUCAAUUAAGAAAAGAAA